AUGUCCACCUCAGGAGGGAACAGGGAGCAAUGGCAGGGUCUGGAAUCCCUGGGAAUAAGCCGGAAAGAGCUAGCAUUGGCAGAGGCUCUACAAAUGGAAUAUGAUGCAAUGUCACGUCUACGACAAGAAAAGAAACCAUCAGAGAGUAAUGAAAACCAACUGAUAUCUUGGGAUGUUGUCUCCCAGGUGCCUGCUUCUGUUUCCUCACCCCCUAAAACUAAACCUCCCCCAUCUGGUGACUACUUGUAUAUAUAUGGUGAUGGAUACCAUAGCAAUGGUCGGGGAGAAGGAAGAAGCUCUCCCAAAAACCUGUCUCCUCCUCCAUUACCACCACGCACACACAUUUUGAGCCAGCGCAAGGACAUUCCCCCAACCAAUUUGACCAAAAGCCACCAAAUGCGGGAUGUCAAUGUGUACAAUGGAGAUGUGGGAGGAAAAUUGCUCAGUCGUAGGAUUUCGGAACUGGAGGACGAGGAUGUAGUGGAUACAGAAGAGAGAAGGGGAAGUGGGUUUUCUGACUUGGACUAUGAAGGUAUUAAUGACACCAUCACCCGCCUUAAUCUAGCAUCUACGUAUGAUUCUGAACUGCUGCGCCAAGCUGAGGGCCACUGGAAAGAAGUUGGCAUGCGGAAAAAGUUGGCAGGAAAGCCAGUAUCAAGAAGUAAUACCUUGCCACCCCAGGUUCCUCCUCGUACCUACAUACAGAGGCCUGGAGAAUCAUCGAAAAGUUCCCGUGCUUCUGUUGGUCCGGUGAGUUCAGACACUGGUUUUAUUGUGUGUAUAUAUAUCUACCUGAAUUGCCAGCAAAUAUAUGUCUCUUUAAAGGCUCAGUGAUAUACACCAUGGUUUCUCAAGCUGUCUAGCUUUUCCCAAGCAGGAGGGGCACGUGGGUGUAUGUCCAACGGGGAGUGAAAAAGGAAAGGAGCAAAGUUAAAGGGGAAGGAAAGGGAGAUACACAGCCAACCUGAGAACUGGGAAUGUGUUUCCUGCUGAUUAUGAGUUUUUGCAUAUAAUAUACAGUUAAGUUGUAAAAUGUGUCUACCUUUCUAAUACUCUGCUUCCUCUUUUCCAUUCUAAUAUUUCUGACAUGUCACAGGACUCAUUUCGACCUUAUCCCCAGCAGAACAGCUGUGAAUUGUUUGAGAUGUCUGAGCAGAGAGAUGAGGAGACUGCUGCUUUCUGCCACAUGUUGGAUGUGUGAGUAUUACUGCAUUUGCCCCAAAAGCUCAUUCACUAUUUAAUCAGAUGGUGUUUGGAAACACACUUCUAGUGGCCUAGGCAUAGAGGUCUUUGUACUAAAGGUGGGGCAGUUGGCAACAAUAUUAGAACUUUGUUCUGGAAUGGCUAUUCUGUAGGAAGGAUAUUGAUGUUCCCUAAAAGCUUCUGUAUUCAGAGUGACAGCAUGUCUAACUCAUUGUACUAGAAAUCCCAAAUCUAAAGUGAGAUCACAGUGCUUGUAUUACCAAGGCAUUCCUACUGUUAAUGUCAGUGUUAUUUGCACUGUAGUUUAUGAAUAUUGGCAUGAAUUAUUGAUAUAUUGGUAAUGGCUCCCAUUCUGGCUGACAUGAAUGAAAGACAACUAGCACUAAUCUGUAGAAUAUUGAGAAAUCGAAAGUGCUACUAACCCAUUUCUUUGUCAAUCUAUAUCUGACAUUUCUUAUCCUUUUAAUAAAGUCUGCGCUCUGGACAUAAAGUGACAGAUCAAAGACACACUGGAAUUGUCUGGAGUCCUGUCAACCUCAGCCCUGAGCACCUGGGUUAUGGAGUGAGCUUGAAAAUCACAGUGAUAGAUGACAGACUGAGGGAUCCUCUCACCUUCACCUGUGACUGUAAGUUUUACUUAAUUCUAGAGUUUUAUAUUCAGAGUAAGCGAUAGGACUUGCCAUGUGUUUAUUUACUGUAUAUGAACAGUCAGUACAUUUUGUAAUGAAGGUGGUAGAGCCUGAUAGAGCGCUGGAAAUCUAUAUCUUACACGUUGUUUUUUUUUUACAUUUUCUUAUAAAUAUAUAUAUAUAUAUAUAUAAAUCAUAUAUAUAUAUCUCUUACUCGUACUUUAAUAUCUAUUUGUUGUAGAUCGUUCGACUCAUACUGCAUGUUCAUUGUACCUGUAUUUUAACAAAUGUAUUACACAUUUGUUAAUGUAGGUCUCUCUUAGGAGGAGCUGUUCCCAAAUGACAACUUUGUAACUUACCCCCAGAGAGUGUAGUAUAUGAAAGCAAACCAUUAAAAGGAUGCCCUAAGCACCACAACAACUUUAGUUUAAAGUUGCCAUACAGUAGUUUAGAAGGUCUGGCUAGAGCUCUGGUCUAUAAAAUGGCACACAAUCAUGUUGGUUAUGAUAGGAGCCCUUUAAAUAAUGAUGAUGUUGAAUUUUGCAGCAUUCAUGCAAUCAUUUUCUUUUAGCAGAGCCUUUUUUCAGGCAGACUUCAUGGAGUGCUUUACCCUCUGUUGGAACAUCCCACUUGUUGAUAGAUUAACAGUGUUUAUUUUUUUACAUCCUGCUUUACCUUCUAACCUGCUGUUCUUACUUUGUUUUUUGCUAACUAUAUACUUCUAGAUUACCUUCAGCUAAUUAUACUUAGUUUUAUGGAGUUCAGCUCUUUUUUCCCCCCAUGAUUUGCAUACGUACAGGACGUGUAGACUUUCCUUUCACUUGCAGUUAAUGCUGAAAGCACAAAUGUUUCCACAGUUUUACAUUGUAGCUUCCAGCCUCAACAAAAACAAAACAAUUAGUUUAUGUGUUAACUCUUCGGUAAUCCCUCUCUGCCGCUCACAUCUACAACAUUACAUUUCUUCCUAUCAGCAGAUCUAGCCCAGACCUCCUGCUUGCCUGUACAUAAGGUUAUAUUUCAGUGCUGGUUAGAUUAUUGCCUAGGAGACAUAUUGUCACUUAUCCGGGUUAUUACUGCUAUGAGUUUCAACGGGUUGAUUAUAACUCUAUUUUAUACCUAUACCGAUCUAUAUAUAUUGUAAUUUAUUACUUGGCUAUGAUAUGUUAUUGCUAUUAUUAUGUAUAUGGCUCAGAUUACUUUAAAUUCCAAUUCAUUUAGUCUUCAUGUUCUUUACAUUCAACAUUGUGUUGAAGACUGCAAAUAGGGAGUUGGUUCAUGCUUCUGAAAAGGCACAGCCUUAAAGGGAUUCUAUAGGGUUAGGAAUACAAAUCUUUAUUCCCAACACUAUGGUGCCCUCCCUCCCCUCCUCCCCUCCCCCCACAUCCAGCAAAUAAAGGGUUAAAAAAACCACUUUAUUUACUCACCUGAUUGCAGCGCCGAUGUCCCUUAGCACUUCACUUUCUCAGAGGGGGGUCCCAAAGCGCAUGCACUGCAAGUUUUGCAUGCGUAUUGUCCCAGAAGCACCUCAAGUUGCUAUCUUAGUACUGGAAUGCAAACAUUGCAGUUUCUCAAAAAGGCAGACAGAGACACUGCAACAAGACACUUCAUUUAGCUGCUCCUGUUGUGCUAAACUCUUCUGAAGGAAGUUUCGCACCCAGACAGACUAUCUCCAUUAUAGAUUCAUAUUGUGUUCAUACAUCGCAGCCCUUGCCCUGGCCAAACAGUCAAACUUUUCCUCUCUCAUUAGUUCAUGCUCCCGCAAUCCCAGGCGUCUCUUUGACACCUUUAACUCUCUUCUUCGUCCUGCUGUGGCCACCCCCCAAACUAACCUUACAGCCGAUAGCUUUGCAUGCUACUUUACCGACAAGAUUGAACAGCUAAGGAAAGAAUUCUCCCCACCUUUUUUUUCUUUCUCAACCACACAUGCCUUUCCUACACCUCAGACUUUCUCCCCCGCUACUGAACAAGAGGUGACUGCGCUUCUCCUUAAUGCCCCACCACUUGCUCGCUCGAUCCUGUCCCAUUUCACCUUAUCAGAUCUCUCUCCCCCCAUCUUGUGCCUUCCUUAACACACAUCUUCAACUGCUCUCUCUCUUCUGGCGUUGUCCCUGCUGACCUUUCUGCAAAAAAACAUCUCUUGACCCGUCCUCCCCCUAUCGUCCCAUAUCCCUGCUCUCUUUUUCCUCAAAGCUUCUGGAAAGACUUGUCUUUACCCAUAUGUCUCACUUCCUCAAUUCCAACUCUCUCCUUGACCCUCUUCAAUCUGGCUUUCGCCCUCUCCACUCUGAGACUUCUCUUAUCAAAGUUACUAAUAACCUAAUCACAGCUAAAUCCAAAGACCACUACUCCAUAUUUAUUCUUCUUGACCUCUCUGCUGCCUUUGACACCGUUGAUCAUGCUCUCCUUCUUCAAACUCUUCAAUCACUCUGUCCUGUGUCUCUGUCCUGUCGUGGUUUUCCUCUUAUCUCUCCCAACUCGGUUGGAGUCCCUCAAGGCUCUGUCCUUGGUCCCCUUCUAUUUUCUCUUGAUACUGCCUCUCUUGGCAGACGUAUUACCUCAUUUGGAUUCCAGUACCACCUGUAUGCUGACGACACCCAUAUAUAUCUCUCCUUCCCGGACCUCUCCCCUGCCGUCCUGCAUCGUGUCACUGCUUGCCUUUCUUCCAUCUCUGACUGGAUGUCCUCCCACUUUCUGAAACUCAGUCUCUCUAAAACUGAGCUCCUUGUCUUUCCUCCUCCUAAUACUGAUCCUCCUCUUUCGCUCUCCCGUCAAGCUAGUGGUAUCCACAUUAGUCCAUCCUUGCUAGCGCUCUGUCUUGGCGACAUUUUUGAUUCUGGCCUCACCUUUGAGCCUCACAUCCAGUAUGUUGCCAAAAAUGUAGAUUAGUUCUUAAAACAUAGCACGCAUCUGCCCCCUUCUUACCCAAGAUGCUACCAAGGAGCUCGUCCAUGCUCUAGUAAUUUCCAGCGUGGAUUUUUGUAACCCUCUCCUAAUUGGUCUUCCCAAAAGCCAUAUUGCCCCGCUACGAUCUGUAAUGAAUGUUGCUGCCAGGCUGGUUUUCCUCUCUAGUCGGUCCUCUCACACCUCACCCCUAUGUCAGUCCUUACAUUGGCUUCCUGUAUUCCAUAGUAGUCAAUUCAAAGUUCUCACCCAUACCUAUAAGCACUGAACAAUUCUAGCCCCUCUUAAAUCUCUUCACAGAUCCAUAAGUAUGCCCCUUCUAGGUCUCUCCGCCCUGCCCGUGACCACCUCCUGUCUGCUGCUUGCACCCGUACGGCCAACUCACGCUUGCAGGACUUGUCGCUGGCGGCUCCCUUCCUAUGGAAUAGCCUGCCUAUCCCCUUCAGACUCUCCCUUAGUCUUCAAUCGUUUAAGAAGUGCCUUAAAACCCAUCUCUCUAGGAACUCUUAUGGCCUCCCAGAGUAACCUCUACCUUACAUACCUGUCUCUUGCUCUCUGCUAAACGGAAGCACUCUACUCUCUCCUCCAGCUCUGCUUCACUCUCACCUUAUUUGAUUGAUAAUACAUGUCCUAAUGUGCUUUAUACCCCACCUCCUAUAGACUGUAAGCUUGUUUGAGCAGGGGCCUCUUCAACCUAAAUCCCCCCUCUCAUAAUAUUGUAAAUUGCUACGGAAUCUGUUGGCGCUAAAUAAAUGGCAAUAAUAAUAAUUUCCUAUGCUUCUUAUGUUUUCCUUAAACAAAGUCCUGAUUUUAAGUACACUUGAUGGCUUUAUUAGACAUGUUCAUGCUCUAAGUAUGUUCUGUAAACCUGCAUCAUUGUCCGCGCUGAAUUAAUAACUUUCAGCUUUUUAGGCAGGCUUUUACAACACAUAUUUUGUUUAUAACCCUACUGAAAUUUUACAUUUGUAAAUUUGUAGAUUGUGACCAUGUAGGGGGCAAACGAGUUAGAGGAGAAGGUUGUCCUAGGGACAGUAAGCUGAGAGGAAGAAACAGGUGUAAAAGUAGUUAUAGGUGUUUAUAGAAACUUUCUUUGGAAUCUGGAGAGAAAAUCCUAGGAGAUGAGCCCUUUAAUGAGAUUCUGGUGUUUGGACUAUGUUUGAUACUUAUGUUUCAUUAUUUCUAUUGCUCAUCAACUACCAAACCUCCUGGUUAUGCAACCACAUCAGUUUGUGUUAAUUAACAAUUUAAUAAUAAAAUGGCCGCUAAGUGUGCAUCAAUACUGUUAUUAGGAAUGAUACUUGUUUUCAUAGUUUCUCAUACAUUAACUAAUGUGAUCCUGAGAAAAAAGUUUGCCACAGUUGUGUGCACCAGUAUUUUUGGCACCUGACAAAAAGUAAAUCAUUAACUAUAACACCCAUCAUAAAUAAUGGGCUAUAUUUCAAACAUGAACAGUUAUGGUGCAACUGUUGCUCGGAGCAAUUGUGAUCAGAGCCGUCGUAGUUUUAAUGCUAAUAAAUACAAACAUAGCUCUCCAGUUUUCUUUGAAAUAUAGAAUGUCCCAUUCUGUAUUUUCACCCAUGCACAUAUAUAGUAAUAUGCACAAGGUGUAAAGCUCUUAUUUAUAUGGCACUUUUACUCUUUCCAUGCAUUUCUAAAGAGCAAAAUCACUCCAAUAUUAUUUCUUUAUCUGCACACCAACACCCUACCCAAUAUCUUAGUCCCCUGAUGACACAAAAUACAGGAAGCCCAGCCAUGUCAAUCCCCCUUCCCAUGUUGUAUGUUGGUAGAAAUUAAAAUAACCCUCUGAGAACUACACUAUGGUGCAGAAUAUAUAUAUAUAUAUAUAUAUAUAUAUAUAUAUAUAUAUAUAUAUAUAUAUAUAUAUGUGUAUAUAUAUAUAUAUAUGUGUAUAUAUAUAUAUGUGUGUAUAUAUAUAUAUUUUAUUUUAUUUUUUUAAAUGGUAUAAGUGAUUUCUUCUGUUAAAGAAUUUUGUUGUUAAAAGAGUGAAAUAAAAUUGGGCUUGAUUUUUAAGAUUCUCUGUCUUCAUCUCACACUCACAAAUCUUGCUGAAUAAAUAAUGAUAUUGUUAAAGUGCUUUACACAUCAGAAGUGUCUCUAUUGCUUGCUUGCUUUUACCUUAGGAUGUAAAUUAUGCAGACCCAAGCAAGUUAAUAUAACAAUGUUGAUAUUCCGUUAUUGUUCAACAGCACAUUAAAAAUACCACAUAAGGCAAAUUCUACAUUAUAUUAUCAUGAUCUAUUUAAUUUUAAUUUUAAAAUGUUGAUCUACCUAGUGGAUAGAAUAAAAAAAAAAAAUCUGUAUGUCGGUUUGCUUUACAAAGGCAUGCCAUUCUGUUAUAUUGAUAAAUGUUGUGUAUUUAGUUUUGUGAAUGCUUGAUAGGUUGCCAUUUCUCUUCUCAUCAGGUUCAUCUACUGUAGACCUGUUGAUUCACCAGACUCUUUGCUACACCAGUGAUGAUUUGGAUGACCUCAAUGUGUCUGAUUAUGUACUCAAAAUCUGUGGAUUGGAGGAGUUCCUACAGAAGUAAGUGUUCAAAUAUCUAAAAGAUCUACUUGGUAACCAUUUCAUCCUGUUUUGUAUUCUUUUUGGGGAAACAUGACGAUCCCUGCUAGUCUGCUGUGUUUAGUGACUCCAGUCUGAAACCCAUCUGCUCUCCCCGCCCUUUUUUCUUUUUUUCAAGAUAUAUUAUUCAACAAAGUGAAGUUAAUGUCAAUUGCUUUAGAUUAUAUUCUAAACCCGCAAAAGGUGAGGGGGAAGAGGCUAAAUAUGAUGUUGCUAUUGUUUCACGGUUUAUAAUAUGGAACAUUAACAAAUACACAGUAUACCAAGUACAGAGUAUCCGGUUGGCCACCUCUAUGUGGCUUAAAAGAUGCCUUCCGGGUAGAUAAAUUGCAGUGUCUGGAUGGGUACAUUUUUCCAAAACAGAAAUACCUUUUGAAUAGUGAGUGAUUUUUAUUAUUAUUAUACCUAGGAGGAAAUCUAGAUGGAAGUUUUAUGUAUAGUACACUAGUAAGUGUAUUACUGUAGGAGUACAAUUGUUGCCAUAUGGCUAAACGUUGGAUCAGCCCCACCAAAUCUGUGGUAGAGUACAAUAGACCCUCAAGCACCUCCAACAGAGAGGACUCGUGAUCAGAAAUACCAUGUCAAAGUUAGCUGUGACUCUGCCACAUUUUGUUCUUCUGUAUGCUUGUUACUGAUUUGGGGAUGAAAGGAAACUGUGAUUGCUUAGGGUAAAGAUUUUGUAUAAUUAUUGAAGAAUUUUGGUGAGGGUGUCUAGUUGUAGGGUGGAGCCCAAGGGGCAGUAGUGAGCCAAAAGCGAGGUACCAAUUGAGGAUAAGACAGUCUUGUAGUCAGGGUAAGCCAAGGUUGAGGGCAGGCAGCGCAGGUUCAGGAACGGUAUAACAGGCAGAUAGGAUAAGUACUGGAUAAGACAGGAUUCCUAGAAAUGUAUAUACUGAAGAGCACAGUAUAACUGAGCAAUAAGGUAGAGGUUAGCUGGAUUUAUAUAGGGGAGAGGUAUCCACCUCUCACAUAUCACUGGUUGAACAGUGAUUAGCCCUUUAAGAUGUUCCAGAUGUUCUUUCCCUUUAAGAGGCCUAGAGUGAAUGUAGUUUACACGUGAGUUCGGCUGGAACUUCUCGCUGGUUGCUGUGCAGAGAGCCGCGACGCCGCGUCCAUGACUCAGAGGAAUGCUGGCUGUCUGUUCUUGGACCCAUCGGAGUCCUGGGCGUGCAGCGAGGAGGGACCGCCGCAGGAGUGGAUGGCCGUGACACUACUAAAGAGUUUUAUAGUAGGGAUAUGCUCUGUUCAGGCACUACACCUGAUAAACUGUGGUUUUCAGAUUGCUUAACCCCUUCAUCACCGAACACAUUUUGAUUGAAAACUAUUAAAAAGAACACUAUAGUGACAGGAAUACAAAUCUGUAUUCCUAUCACUAUAGCUGUAAUAACACUAUUUAGGCCACCAGCCCCCUGUAACCAAUGUAAAAUGCUGAGAUCAUCCUAUGGGAAAGCAUUGGGACUAUUAUGCAUGCGCAGUAAAAUGCUUUGAAUCAAUGCAUCUAUUCGAGGAACAUAUGCUCUGCAUGGAGACACUGAACUUCAGUGACCCAGCAAGCACCUCUAGUCACCGUCUGAGUGACAGCCACUAGAGGUGUUACUAGCCAGCAAUGCAAACACUGCCUUUUCACUGAAAAAGCAGUGUUUACAUUAAAAUGCUUACAGGGACAGAAUAUACACACCACAACAACAACAUUAAGCUGUAGUUUUUCUGGUGACUAUAGUGUCCUUUUAAAGCAAGGGAUACUAGAAUAUAAACAUAUCAUAACACAGCAAUUUUGUGUAUAAAUUGCUUUGCAAACGUAAAAAUUUUAAUUAUGUAAAUGUACACUUUCCCCCCAAUUAAUCUUUUAUUGAAGUAUUUGUGAAAUGAAAAGCUGUAGACUGUAUACGGUGUCCUUUAUUUUGCAAUAUUUCACACAGGAUCUGAAAUGUUGGUAUAAAAUACAGUAGAUGUGACAAAUAUUGAUCAAUAAGAAUGGUCAAAUACCUUGCUUAUUGGUAUUUGAAAGGAUCCAGACGACAUUACUAGCAGUGCUGCUUAAUACAAAAUGGCAACAGACUGUAAACAUAAUGUUUGCAUUUGAAAAUAAUGCCUAGAUAUUAUACAUAAAGUUAAGCAACAUGAUUCUAAAAUAAAAGUCUUUAAAAUCAUUGUCAAUCUCUGAAAAGGUUAAUGGUGACAGCAAACUGGUAUAGUUCAUUCAUUCCUCACUCACCGACUCUGUAGGAAUGAAAUGACCCAUUGAAACUACCUCUACUUUUUUACAGCAGUGGUCGGGCUUACAUUUUCAUAAAAUUUACAUUUCCAUUAAAUCAGUGACCUAUUAACUUCUGACUUAGAAAUUAUUUGUAGAAAAAGAGUGUGUGAGAUCUUAUAAACUAGAUUUCAUACUGUAAAAUAAAUGAAAAUAAAAAUGUUUAUACUCUGUGUAUUGAAGGGGUUAAGUGGCUUAUGCAGAAAGGGAGUGUUGGAAAGAUUUCAGAAACAUGCUUAGCCAUGUGUACAUAGGGCUGUAUCUGAAAUUUCCUUAUUUCCACUUAUUUUGCUAUCAAUAUUUUGAUAUUUGAUGAUUAUCUGUAAUAAUUAUACACAAUAAGUAACUUUUCCAUUUUGGCUUAUUACAACUAAGUAUAUAUUUUUUUUCUUUUCUUACCCACCACCCCCAUUGAGUUUGUUCCUGUGGCUUUAAGUGUUUCAUGCAUUAUGCAAGUUAACAGCAUUAGGAUCAGUGUACAUUUGUAAAACUUCAACUUGAACACAUUUAGCUGUUCAACCCAUGAAGAUCUGUCACUCUACAAUUCUUCAUUAACUCAACUGAUUUUAUCACUGAACAGGUUCAGGCAAGUUUAAGUCUUGGGCCACCGGCUGUAUGCCACCCAGGGACACUCACAAGUUAUGUAAGCACUGAGUACAUGUCACCCCUCCUUUCUCUAUUAUAUGGUGCAGGAUGUAGAAGGUGGAGUAAUUUGGAGGUGGAGGGAGCUUAUACUGGGUGUGGUGUCCUGUGCAAUUCCCAAGUGAAACAAUAUGGCAUUAUAAGGGUCAACACAGUUUGUAGUGUUUUGGUGCACCUGUCUGCAUGAGGGGUCCAUUUAAAGAGUGCAUUGCUUUGUGUACGUAAAUGAGUGACAGCUUCUUCAAUAACAUACACAAAGACCGGUUCAGAUAGUAUUGUUGAACAUUAACUUAUUUGUUAGAACAGAGUUUCACAACAUCCUUUCUCCAUGACACACAAUCACAGUCAGGUUAUAUAGUUAUUUUGCAUCAGCACUGGUGGAUCAAGUAAAGUGAAUGAAUCACCAAUUAAUCUUUGAUUAAUGUGUCUGCCGGUGCCAAACACCUGUCCUGUGCUAGGUCUCUGUCAAAACACUGCAUUAGGGCUGGGGUUUGUAAAAUGUAAACAUACAACUGUUGUGGAACUACCACUUUCAGAAUGAUUUGCCACAUGUAAGGUAAGGAUCUAACUUUUGCUAACCUGCCUUAAAAGUACAAUUUUCUUCUCUGUAAAAGAACAUGCUUGGACAUUAGUAGAACUGCAUUUGUCCCUGUGAUAUUGUACACAUGAUCAAUGUUGCAGAAGUGAUAAGUCAUUACGCUUGUUCAUUAUAAACACCUUCUAUAAACAUUCUAAAUGAACAUUUAUUUGCUUAUUGGCUUCCUGCAUGGACAUCCCCGAAAUUGAAGAACAAAUUAAAAGAAUGAUUUCCAGUUGUAAGCUUGGCUAGAUGUAUCUUGAAAGGACACUCCAGGCAGCUAAAAAAGUUAAGUUCGAAUUAAAGCUAAAAACCCCAAAUACCUGUGGUUAGUUUCUUUUCUUUCAAUUCUGUUUAGUUUACCUGCAGUGCUGUAAAAUGUUUUGCUGUUUUCAGCAGUGUAACCCAGCCUCCUUAAUAUAAAAUGAUCUUAUGAAAACUGACCCUUAUUAAAUGAACAUUUGGGACCCUGUUUCAGUUUUCUUGUUAGUAGCAAUAAUAAAACACAACAAAAAAGUUGUCCCUUUAAAUGCACAACUCAUCUAAAACAUAAUCAUUUCCUCAUACCAAAAUGCUCUGUAAUUUUUUUCCUUUCUGUUUCUUAUCAUACAUUAGAUUUUUUGUUUUACAAGGGAACUGUCACUUCUCUGGACGUUAUGCCAUUGAAUGAUACAUUGAGAAUUGCAAAUAACACGUGAUGCUCCGUUUUCUUUUAAAUUUCUAUUAAAGAUUUAACAACUUAAUAAUCCAAUUUAGACAAGGCAAAGGAAAAACACUGAACUAUAUAUAAUUUAAAACAUUUCAUUUUUCAUUUUCUCUGUAUGCUUUCUCAGUGCUUAUUGCCAGGUGCAAAUGACAGAGCUCAUAACAAUUAUUGACAGGUAUCACAUAUUGGCACCCAGUUUUAAAGAGGUGUGGAUUUCUGUUUACCUUCAUUUUUCCACACCUCAAAAAAAUUAAAAUCCUGGGAAGUCACAUUUUCCGAGACUAUUGUUGGAUUUUUUUGUGGAUGGUUUUCUUGACUUGAUAGGCUGCAUAUCAAAAAAGCCUCUGUGCAACAGACAGCCAACGCAUUUCAUUAUGCCAAACUAUAACGUCCCUUUAAUCUUCAUUUUAGUUUAUACAUUUUAAUUGCAAGCUUCAAUUACAUCCUUUUAAAGUCAUAUUUAGCCUUGUUUAUGUUUGGUUGGGAUUCUAAAUGUUGAGACCCACAGCUUCAUUGAGUGUAAAAGGAGGUAGAGCCUCGCUAACACAAAAAGACUGCAAUAAAGAGUGAAAUUUUUUUUUUUAACCCUUUAACGCGACCAAAGGCAAUUUAUUGCAGACUUUACACUAUGAUCCCCAAGGAUGUUAUGCCAGCAUUGAUUUACCUGUUUAUUUACCUUCUUAGCUGUAUACAUCCCUGCUUAUGGCAUUCCAUUGGAACACGAUUUGCAAGGCUGAAAUUGUUAUAACGACAGAAACAUUCAGGCUUAGUGUUGUGAACUACUGGAUCCAUUCCCUGCAGGCACUUUCUAUACCUGUAUACAGGCUAUUUUCACUAAGCCUGCUUUUUGCAGUUACAUUUUAGAAUGAGCAAUGCAGAAGAGUGAGGAUAUAAUAUAAAUACUCAAUAAGGUACUUCAGUUUCGACACUCCCCUACAUUGUAUCUAUAUCCUCCAUUGAACUUGCCACUGAUUUGGAACCAUUGGCCUAGAACAGGUGUGGCAUCUUCUCUGAUACAUGCAAACUUUAUGGCUCUAAGAGCAUUAUGGAAUAUGGACACAACAACAUCUUGAAUACCAGGGUUUUCCCAUGCCUAGCCUAGACACUGCAAGAUUAUUAAGUGCUUGAGGGCCAUUAACAGUACUGGGUUCUUAUCUCCAUUUGAGAGAGUAGUGGAGGCAUAGUUCUACGAGAGAGUCAGAUUGUUACAUUCAUAGAAUGUUUGAAAAAAAUUCUAACAAAUAAAUCACGUGCAGCAUUUUGCUGUAUCGACAUAGUAAGUGAAAUUUGACAUACAUUGCACAAAGUCCUCCUGGUCACCUGGCAUCAGUAAGACUGGGACAGAGUAUAGCUUGUGCCCAUGUUCGAUACAUUCUGCUACACUUGUAAUAAUUUCAAUCCGUAAGCAGGAGUUUCAACAGCACUCACCAUAUUGGGCACCCUGCCAGACAGCCUUCCUGGCAUGCUUGAGCACGAAGAUGUAAUGCCCCCUUUAUGGGCAGGCGCAUUUUAAUCACUGACACACCCACCUGCUUACUCUCUCCCGAUCUCAGACCUGUCAAACUUGUUAAGUGCUUGCAGGACUUUGCAUAGAGCCUUAGACUAACCACACAUUCCUUCUUAUUGAGUUGUUUGUAAAAAGUUGGAUAUCAACGAUAAAACCUAUAUCUGAUCUAAAACCGUGAGUGAAAUACCUUUUUACGGGUGCAGGGUGGCCAGUGAGUUUCCAUUCUCAGCGAUUGCCUGUCUACCUGAUGUCAUAGCAGGAGGACUGUGUACUGGUGGCCCAGAUCUGUCUUACAUACCCUUUCUGGCACACUGUAUUACAUAUUUGAGGGUGCUGGGGUAUGUUAUUCUAUUCUGCUGUAUCACUUAAACAGUAGAGCACACCAAGAGAGAGUUAUAACAAUAGUUGUUCUUCUUUGACAUAGGUCGCCCAACACCACAACCCCAACCCAAUGUCUGCAGGUUUAGUGCUUGUGAUGAGGUUCAUACCAUAAAAAUAUUUAACAUCCAAAACAUAAAUGAGGAUUUAUUUAUUUGAAAGGUGUAAUGACCUCAUCAUUCAGCCUCAGUCUUGUGUCUGCAUAAUAUCAAUGCCUGUGUUGGAUUAAGCAAACAGCCAUGUGUCCACAGAAUGACGCAAAACUCUCAGUAUAAAAUGAAGUGUCAGAACAAAACAUAGUGAAUACACCGGCUAACAUGACUCUGUGUUGCUGUGUACCUGUUUGCUGUCUUUUUUUUGUGGAUCAGAAUUAGCAAAUAAUGUAAAAACCAUGAGGGGAGACCACAAAAUGAAAAAUCAUUCCCCUACUGAAUUUAACAUAAAAAAACCUACUGACAGUUUUUCACAUCUAUGUAAUGCAGACUCUGAAUGUCUUUUAUCUUAUUAUUUGACCAUAAAAUAUAGAAAUAGAGAAAUGCAGAAUAAAAAAAAGUCAGAGAACAUAUUAACCUUUUUUGUAAUUUGAAUUUUUUUUUCCGAUUUGCAUUAUUUUGCUACAUGUAGCCGAUUUUGUGUAUUUUAUUUCCCAAGUUAGAUUGUGUUCAACCUUAACGUGUCUAAUUAUUUAGGUUUAAAAAUGAACUAAAUAAUAUAGCAGUGUUUGAAAUAAUUGUUGUGCUUUGUUUCUGACAGGAAACCAUGCUGACCUCAAGUGUGCUUAAUUGCUGUUUUGAACUAAAUUAUUAUGUAUUAUUUAUGUAUAAAUCACCAACAUAUUCUCUAGCGCUGAUGAAAUGAUGAAGGUCACCUAGCUAAAGGAAGUCACUUAUCCUUGAAAGCAUUUAACAAUAUUGACAAUAUUAACAUUAUUCUGGCCCUGCUUAGUUCCUCUAUUAAAAUGUCAUCAGACUCUAGGAUGUAAACAAAGUAACAUUAGGAUUCUCCAUUAACCCCUUAAGGACCAAAUUUCUGGAAUAAAAGGGAAUCAUGACAUGUCACACAUGUCAUGUGUCCUUAAGGAGUUAAAUAACUGUCAGCUGGAUGUUGGGAUAAACAGAACGUUUUUAAUAUCCAUAUGGUAACUUUGCCUUGACCUGACCCAAACAGCCGGAAGAUCUUAGACAAUAGAAGCAGAGCGUGCAAUAUUUCUGAGCCAGAAUAAGGAAUACAGAUUUGGAAACAAAUUAUGGCAGUGGUUUCCUUGGAUAAGAGAAGUGCCCUGUCACUUACGGUCUUUACUCAUUACUGUAUGUCAACUUUGUUCCUUUCAGUGUUCCAUUUGAACACACUUCCUUUGCUUAAUGAUCAAAACAGUGCAGUGGUGAUGGUUGUAUAUUAUUUGACCCUUUUGACUGACUGAUUGCAGUUGUUAAAGCUAUUUUCUUCUCCUGGUUUUCCUGCAGCGAACAGCCCCUGGGAAGCCAUGAAUACAUCCAGCAGUGUAGGAAGUUUGACACGGAUGUUCGACUUCAGCUGCUUAAAAAAGAGGAUGUGCGCAGUGACCUUGCUAGAUCGGUGAGUGAUACCUCACAUGGUGCAAAAUGUUAUUGUACUCUAAGCAUGCUGUUCAGUCUGUUUACAGUGUAAGAUUUGUUAUAAAGCCUGCUGCACAUGUUGAACUCUUGAAGCCAUUUACUGGAAAUCCAGUGACCAUACUUAACCCAUUAUAUUGUAUAGCAGUAUUCAUUAAAACAUCUGAGAGUACUGACUUGAUAUGUGAUGUGAGCCUUGAUAUUUGUUAUUGCAGGGGGCCUGGUCUUUUUGCUUGUCAGGGGAGACCAAAGAUCAUCUCCAAGAGGGCUGUCGAUGCAUUUUACAAAUGCAAACCACUUUAUGGAUCCCCCAUGUGGAAUCAUAACAUUCCAGAGAAAUGAUUUCACAUAAUAUUUUACUGAUGGUUUGUCAGGAUGAUAAUGGAGAAUAGGUAUCCCAAAAACUGUGAUUAUAGCAUUCAGAGACACCCACUAACGCCAUGGAGAGAAUGUAUGUACUGAUCUCCUCUCCAGUUUCACUGUAAAUGUGAGCCUCAAUGCUUAUAUAUGUAUUAGUACCAUUUUGAGUACCAGAACUGCACCUAGCUGUCAAAAAAUUAAAGGAACUCCAUAGGGUCAGGAACACAAACAUGUAUUCCUGACUCUCUAGUGUUCGAAAUACAAUCUACCCCCCUAUAUAUAGUAAAAUCUUACUUCAAAUCCAGUCUGCUGCAGCUGGCUCUGCCUCUGAUCUGCCUGCUUGGCUGACAUAAUCAAAAGUGAUGACCAAAAGCCAAUCACAAUUCUUUCCCAUAGGACUGGCUGAGAUUGUUAAGGAGACAGAUCGGGGCAGAGCCAGCAAAAGCCAAACACAGCCCUGGCUAAUCAGCAUCUCCUUGUAGACAUGCAUUGAAUCAAUGCCUCUAUAUGGGGAAAGUUCAGUGUCUCCAUGCAGUGCUGUACAGUGUGUCUCACUGCCCCAAGAAGCACCUCUCGGAGCCUUCUGAGGAGUGGCCAGUGGAGGUAUCACUAGGCUGUAAUGUAAACGCUGCAUUUUCCCUGAGGGGAAAAAAAACCCUUUAGUUUAUUGCAAAUACUCACCAGAACAAAUACAAUACACUGUAGUUGUUCUGGUGACUCUGGUCUCUCUUUAAUGAACAUUUGUCUGUUGUCUAAUUAGACCAUAAUUCUUACAUUUUAGAUAAAUGUGUUAAGUUGUGUACUAUUGAAUGUCCAGUCAUUUGGAAAUCUUGAUACAUCAUAGCCUGUCUUGCAUUGCUUUGAAAGAUAUUGUUAUAUGCUUUUACUUGACAAACCAAGGAGGACAUAAAACAAUUACAUGAAUAGACUGUAUGAAUAGUCUGACAUAUUCAUGUUUUACCCAGGCCAGUGACAGCCAGAGUCCUUCUACUCUCAACCACCAUAUUCAUCUCCAGGAGAGACCUGUCAAACAGACAAUAACCAGGUUAGUAACAUUCAGGAAACAGUAAAAUAAAUGUUAUACCUUUUAGGUUAGUAGGUCACUUCCACAUAUACUUGUGUUUGCAUAAAUGUACACUUUUACUGAUUUCAUACAUCUUAAUCUUGUCAAAGAACUAAAAAAGAGGAAAAGGUUUUUAAGAUUAACAGUUUUAUAUUUCCUCCUAGUCUUCACUUUUCUCUUGCCUUUAUUUAUGUCAACCUUUUGCUUCUCAGAAGCUCUCAUGGACAGCCCCGUUGUGUGUACAGCUGUAUGCUCUGUACUGUGCAUGAGCAGAAAUAAACAACACGUAUGUGCACAUUUCGACUGCUAAUACUUUAAUUGAAGUAUAUAAGAGCUGACAAAUGUAUUCUUUUGGUUAUAAUUAUUAAUUUGUUUAAUAUGUGGACUGUAAACCCUUUCACUCUACAUAUUUCAUUUGCUACUGCUGACACUGAAAAAGUUAGGCAAAGGACAAAAAGUCACAAUUCUUAAUGCAGGCUUAUCUGGGUCAUCUAGCCUUACUACUGGUUAAACAUUCUACUGUGUCCCAUAGCUGAUGUAACAGUAAACUCUGAUAUAAAGGACCCCCCAAAAAGUUGAGCCUCUCUGUUAGCUAUCUUAAUAAGCUUCAGCCCUGUCCCAUUUGCAAUGGGCCCUACCUAGGCAGUAGCCUUGUGUUAAAUCUUACCUUGCAUGCACUUCUUAUGUGCAAAUUUUAAUUUGUAAGUAGAAUAUAUUUAUAUAGCUAUCUAAUCACUAUAAGUAUUUGAUAAAGUCAGAAUAGUAAUAUGUGGCUUGUCAAGUUAUAGUCCCGUUUCUCAGUAUUUAUUACUAAUUUUAUUUCAUAAAGUUCUUCUUUUAUUUUGUACAAUUUUGGGUGUGCAAGGGCACCAUACACAGUAAUUCUACAAUGCAAGAUAAGUAUGUUGUUUGCUAUGGAAUCUCAACAAAUGACAAAUGCGUAACUAACCCUGACACCCUUUUUUCACUGUGAUCUGCAUUGACACACACAAAAAAAGUUUUCUAUAAUUUAACAGUUAUUGUACUGCCUGCAUAUUCUUAAUCUGAGCUUUCUAUAGGUCUGGGGAGAUUUCCAUGCAUGUAAGUGUUAAGAGAUUAGUGAGAUAUACAUAUUAGAAGAAAUCAACUGUGUGCCUCUUUUUCCUCAGGCAGGCCAUCUCCCUGCUCUUCGACACAUAUCAUAAUGAAGUAGAUGAAUUUGUUGCAGCAGAUGUGAGUAUGGUUACCGUCUCAUGAUAUUAUGUUUUGAGAGGCUGAUGUCUAUAGCUACGUGUGGUCAUACUUUGUAACCACAAGGAUCUUUUUAUACUUUAAAUGCAUUACAAUAAUGAAAAGGACUUGUUAAACAUUGGGGUUCAGAAAGUCCCAAAUAUAUCAUUUUCUUGAAUUUAGAAACUUCUCACUACAAAGGUUCAAUUACAGGGUUAUUCACUAAAGUGAGAAUUGCAGGGAAUUCAAUGAAAAUUUCAUUAAGGUCAAAAUAGCUGAACUGGAAAGAUUCGCCCAGCCAGCUAUUCUUUCGAUUUGAAAUUCACUCAGAAUUCCCUGCAAUUCUCACUUUAGUGAAUAACCCAGUUAGAACAUAGACCUUUAGAUAAACAUGUCACAUAGCUGUGUUGUGCACAUUCAAGGCAAUGGCACUCAUUACAUGCCCUUAGACUGGUCAUUUGAUGCCCAGUAAUCAUUAGAUACCAUUAUUUGGUUUGAAUGAAUAUCCUGAAUGGGCAUCUUCAAUUAAACAGGUCUGCUGUAAACUAGAGGAACAUGAAUUUGUCAGUGUUGGGUCAAAAUUGUAUUUCCAUAUUUUAUAUAAUGUUGUCUAGCUGGCAGCCAGAGGGAUCAAAAACUGUCCAAGGAGUGUUCAUGUAGCUGCCAUUCAACCUGAAAAACAACAUCAGCUAUGUCUUAAAUAGCUCUGAUUUCCUCCUCUACCCAACCACAACCAAAGGAUUCUGAUCAGGUUGAAACCCUCCUAAGGCUUCAGGUUCUUCCUUCUGUAGUACUUGUUUCUUUUAUAUCCUGUCUUAAUAUUAUUUUUCCAUCGUCUCUUCAUGUCUUUGACCUAGAUUUAGAUGUUUGUCCUUAUUCCUUCAUGAUUCUCCCUGUAUUCACAGGUAGACUUCCACCUCCGAUCAGAGAGGGUGGUGCAGUCAGUGAAAGCAAUCUGUAAUGCUCUUGCUGCUGUAGAAACCCAGGAAAUAAGCAGUGCUCUGAACCAGCUCCCCCCAUGCUCUUCCCGUGUACAGAUAAAGUCCAGUAAGGUGAGAUACUCUUGACAUUUAUUUUAAAUCUGUGGUUUUUAUUUAUAUGGAGCAAUUCUGGAGCCAUCAGAAAGGACAGUCUAUUGUGUUACACGAUUAGAACAUUUGCCUCACCAUUGUUCUUUUUAAUGAAUCCCUUUCAUAUCAUAUCACAAUGAAACGGAAAAGUAUUUUACAUAACUUGCUCAUCUGUGAUAGAUUUACGAAUUGUUUGAUAGUUCAUAAGUAAAAUUCCAAAUUUUAUCUUGUGAUGACUAUUCUUAACUUAGAAUAGUAAUAUAUCUAACGUGGGAGUUUUUCACUUACGUUUUGCUUAGUGAAUAAUGGAAACCAUAUAUUAACAGGGCAGAAAGGUAGACCAGAACUCUUCCCAUCUUUAGACUAUAUUGUCCAUAUCUUACUUUAUGUCUCUCUGUUAUAACUGCAGGAUCCCAGUUUUCUGACCAAGAGAGAAAACAGAGGUAAUGUUAAUUUAAAAUCUUUCACAUGUUUUAAUAAUGCAUGCCACAAAAUAUCAGUGUUUUGUUUUAUUUUUUUAAAUGUAGUUGCAGGGCUAGCUUUGCCAUAAGUCGUACUAGGUAAUCUCUUGGAGAACAGACCCAAAGAAAAACUUUUAUGACCAGCUCAGUGUCCCUUCCUGUUGCAGGGGAUCUUGUGGUCUCCACAUCUGGUGGGUGCAUGUCACUGUUUAUAUUCCCUUGCGAUCUGUGCUUUUCAGUGAAUCAUAGAGUGGGCAGGGAGCCUCCCAUCCAGCACUGAGCUCAGCACCAAAGGCAUGCAACAGUAAUCUGCGUUCUCUGCAUAUGCAGACCUCAUGCUGCCACAAACUGACCACCAAGCAUCAUAACUCCCUUCCAUACUCAAAAGGUGUAAAACUACGGAUUAAAUCAGUUGGGGAACCAUCCACUUUACACACACAGUCCAAGAACUCGACAUAAACUCACUCGUAUAACUCUCUACACACACCUUCCAACAACCCCAUGUAGCCUAUACAAACAUCUGCCCUUACACAUGGAGUCACACAUACUCACAAUGUCUAUUGUAGCUUCACAUUAAUAGCUAUAGUAUGUGGUACAUACAAAAGACUUAUCAGAUAGUAUUUUAAAAUGCCUUCCCUGUAAAGUGAACAUACAUGGACUGAAAUAGUUAUUAGCCAUUUUAUUUGAAAAGUAAGUGUUUACCUUAUUUUUGUGUUUUUUUCCCCUUUUUCUACAAUAUAAUAUUAGUUGAUAAUGCCUUUUCACUUUAAAAAAUAGAAAUUGUAGAUGCAUUGGUAAUUCUAGUCCAGACCAUGGAUUUUGUUUACAUUAUUUAAUAUAUAUUUCUUAAAAAAAAUCUACCCUUUCAUGUCUAAACUAGAUUGUUAUAUUUUUCUUUGGUUAUGUCAUUUGCUAUUACUGUACUGUAUCUUAGUGAUGUUCAGUACGAGAAGGAAAAAUAUCUUAGUUGCCCCCUAUGGAUGUCAUGUUUGGUAUAUUCAGCGCCACCUACUGGAAUAAAUUGGCACUGUUAAGCCACUUAGAAUUCGAAAACACAAGAAAAAAUGAAAACCUAGUGCAAAACAUUAGCUUUGCAAAAACACUGACUAAUGCAAAGCUUCUAGAGUACAACUAUGUUUGGUCUUGAGUUUAUAUUAUUUAAGUAUUUAACACUCAAAUGUUCCUCCCUUACUCAUCUUUAAACUGAUCCUCCUACUCAUAUUUAAUUUUCUGUUUAAAGUAAAAUUGCCUAGCAAUUCGCAUAAUCUCUUCUGAGUCAAGAUACAACUGUACGUCUGCAGCAAGCCCAAAAAUAUAAUUACAUUUUGGUAAAUCAGAAGGCACGGAGUUAUUGUCACCUAAUUUAUUGGGGGUAAAAUAAGAAGAGUAAUAUCCGCAGAAAUGAUAGCUAGUAGUUGCAUGAAGUUCUGCUUUAUUACAGAAUAGAACAGUGUUCACUUCUUUGUCUGUUUGAUGCCUAAUUCUCAUGACUUGCUUCACUACUAUAUUGCACCAUUUAAUAGAUUGUACACUGAUCAUGGAAUGUGCCCCCUGCACAUUCUUUGCUAUAUAUAUAUACACAUACACACACACACACACACACACACACACACUCUCUCUCUCUCUUUUUCUCUCUCUCUCUAUAACCAGUCAACAACAUUCACCUUCUCUACUGCUGGCCAGUGGGUGGAAUUUUUUUUAUACUGGACUAUUCACAGUGGUUGAACCAAAUUGUAUUGAGCUUUAAUUAUUACUAUUAUUAGCAUUUACAAAAUACUGCGGCCAAAGUAAGUUACAUUUUGGUCUAUCUGUUUUUGUUUAUUUAUAUAUAUAUAUAUAUAUAUAUAUAUAUAUAUAUAUAUAUAAUUUUUUUUUUUUAAAUCUACUUAAUUUGCUUUCCUCUACUAAUAUUUUGGUUGGUAAAUGUUUAAUACACAAUUGGGAUGUGCACCAACCUUUGGAGAUUCCUAGUGAUUUGCAGAUAAAUUUAAGAGAGCUACUUCAUGGCUCUUCAAUAGGACGAGUUUUUUUGGUUUUCUUUUUUUUGUGCAAGAGAUUUUAGAUAUUUACAGUAUUCUAAAUUUGAAACUGAAUGUGACCUCCCUACAGCUCAAGUUUCUGUUACUAAGAGGGUGGCUCUAAAAGGAAUUUUGUAUGAAUUUAUCUUAGAUGGCACACCUAUUUUUUCCUUCCUGUUUGCUUGCAACAAUUCUGUUCCUUAAAGUGCCAGGAAAACAAACUUGUUUUUAUGGCACUAUAUAUUCCCCCUCCACCAAACCCUUUCUGUCACUUACCUGGGUCCAGUGCUGAUGUCCCGCAGCGCUGGCUCAGGUCCAACUUUGCUUCUCCCCUGCUGACAUCAGCCGCUCUUGCAUUAGGAUUUCCCCAUAUUUAAUCAUAAUGCAAUGCAUUCCUAUUCGGAUUCAGGGGGAGCUGGAAGUCCUCAUCCAUAGUCAGGCAACCAAAAUUUGAGUAAUAGUUCAGAAGUCCCUCUAGUGGCUGUCUGGUAAACAGCCACAAGAGGUGGAGUUAAAGGACCACUAUAGUGCCAGGAAAACAUACUCGUUUUCCUGGCACUAUAGUGCCCUGAGGGUGCCCCCACCCGCCGGGCUCUGUGGAGAGGAAGGGGUUAAACACUUACCUUUCUCCAGCGCCGGGCGGGGAGCUUUCUUCCUCCUCUCCUUCUUCCUAGCGACGUCAUCAGCUGAAUGCGCAUGCGCGGCAGGAGCCGCGCGCGCAUUCAGCCAGUCUCAUAGGAAAGCAUUCAUAAUGCUUUCCUAUGGACGCUGGCGUCUUAAAAUCACAGUGAGAAGCACGCAAGCGCCUCUAGUGGCAGUCAAUGAGACAGCCACUAGAGGCUUUAGAGGCUGGAUUAACCCUCAGUGUAAACAUAGCAGUUUCUCUAAAACUGCUAUGUUUAUAAAAAAAAAGGGUUAAUCCUAUCUAAACCUAGGUGCCUAUAGUGGUCCUUUAACCCUGAAAGGUAAUUAUUGCAGUUUAUAAAAAACUGCAAUAAUUACACUUGCAGGGUUAAGGGUAGUGGGACAGUGCAACCAGACCACUUGAAUGUGCUGAUGUUGUCUGGGUGCCUAUAGUGUCCCUUUAAAGCCAACAAACUACAAUUAAUAUUUUUUCUAUUGACUGAUAUUUAAGCUGUGUGAGUGAUUUUCCUUUCACUUGUGUACUGAACACGUGGAGAUAUGAGGCACACAGCUGGGCAGAAUGCAAAGAUACAUUUUGAGUGUAAUGAAAACCUUCUUAGCUCAAGGACGCUGGUUCCCAUGUUGCCCAGAUUACUAUUUUUUUUUUAUAUAUAGUUUGGCUCAUUAAAACAUUAUUGAGUGUGAGGUAUUGUUCAUGUCUUUGUGCACGUCUCACAUAUUGUGUAUAUUUGUUUUAUAGAAAAGGUGGUGGAAGGCCUCACGGAAGCCAUCUUUGACCUGGUACAAAUGUACUGUAGUACAUUCAAUGCAGACUUCCAAACUGUGCUUCAUGCUGAGAGAAAACAGUGCCAGUCGCAGGAUGCCUCUCUCUUAACCAGCCGCCUCUCCUUUACAGUCUAUGCUGCCCACCGUGUCCCCAUAACUUGGGCUGCCAGGUAAGUGCAUAUCAACAUUAGAGGAAGACUAACAACACUAUGCCCAAACCUCUGCUAGGGAGCAUAGGAAAGAGCUGCAUAGGCCUGUGUUCACCAGCACUCUAGCAAUGCACUAGAAAUGUAGAGUGGAUUUUUAAAUUUUUUAAAAUGUAUUUUUGUUUUUAUUUUUCAUUUUCAAUAUAGUUUCUGAAAUCUUGUCAUCAUAAUGCAAAUGAAUAGGUAAUGGCCUGCUAUUGCAAAGGGCCAAUGAGAUGCCGUUUGCCUUUUGUACUGUAAAUGUUAAUACGAUGCACAGUAGGUGGUUAACAAAGAGCCUAGGUGCUGCCAGACUUCCCCCUCCAUCAGGCUGUCAUUCUCUCCUGAUCAGUCUGUGUACGUGUGUGCCUAGUUACUGCGCAGAGAGCAUGUUGGGAUGAAUAGGGAGUAGUUCAUCCUCACAGCUGUGCUGGAAUUCUCUGGGCUUAGCCCAUUGCUUCCUCAUUCUAUCAGCCUCUCCCUCUUCUCUACUCCUUCCCCCCUCUAUUCUAUUCAAUGGCAGAUGGUCAGUUCCAGGCUCUGCUAGUCCCAGGCUGCAGUAUCAGGGAGUUCUAAAAGAGGGUGGGGAUUCCCCCUUUGUCUGAAGAGCUUUUCAGUCUCUGUUCUGCUAUGGGAAGAGGAGGGGAUUAGAAAAAUAGGUGCAUGGGAGGAGGGGGUGGCUAUGACCUUUGGUAUUUCUCUCUACACCAACAUCCCAUCCUUUAUAAAGCUUGCCUUGUGAUCGCUGGAAGGGUUGACGUAUAAACAUACAGCUGGGCACAGCCUUUUUUCCUCUUGCCUUCUCCCAUAUUUAACAGCGUGCUCCUCUCCACCCCAUGAAUCAGUCAUGCCACCAUCCCUGUGUCAGUUUCCCAUGCUUACAUAUUCUCCAUACAAAUCUCCCUCUACUUAGCCCUGCACAUUUUCUAAUUUCUCCCCCUUCUGUUCCCAUCCUUCCCCUUUAAGCAGUGAUCUGUAACAAUGGUAUUUGAUAACCCCAUACCCUCUCACACCCAGUUUGUACUUGUCUGUCCUCAGCUGCUUAGCUUGCACCUGUCACAUGAGUGUUAUCAAUCAGUCCAUGGGACACCGCUACCAUAAUAAAAGGAAGACAGGGAUAGUUAGAGGUAACAAUCUCCUGGCAUUAUAGCUACAACUCCCAUCAUUCACAGAUCAUCUUUUAUCACGUGGCUAGAAAUUGUAAUUUCAAGGAGCAGAAGUGCUUGAUAUUUCUGCUUGUUACUAUCUAACCAGCCCUUAUAUAGAACGCUUGACUACUUAAGAGCAAUGUUUCUAAUCCCACGAGGACAUGCCCUAUACCCACUUAGCCAUCACAUUAUUGCAUUUUACAGCAGUCCCUACUUUUUAGGUUCACGUGUCCCUGUGUUGGGUUUCAUUGGUAUCCGAGUGGCAAAGGUAAUUUAAUAAUAAACAUUAGAUUAGCAGGAAAGAAACAAACAUACAAGUACUGACUUGAAAUUUACAUAUUUUUAGAAAGCGGAAAUCCUUUCUCGUCUGUGACUUAGUGGCCUAUUAGAAAAAAAAUAAAAACGUGAUCUGAUAUAAUUUCUCUGUAUAUGUCAUUACAGUUACGAGGAUUUUUGUGUGUCCUGCUCCUUGAGCCAUGGAGGGAAGGAUCUGUGCAGUCCCAUGCAGACCCGCAACAUCCAUGUGUACAAAUAUCUCUUCCAUCUCCUUGUCUGGAACCAGAUGUAAGACACCAAUCUUAAUAAGCCAUCAGGGCAGAGGAAAUUAUUAUUAUUGGAUAUAUAUGCUUUCUGUUUUUGAUAAAUGCAAUGGGUGCUUAUGGUGCUGAUUUUUUAAUUUAUUAUUUUUAAUAAAUUGCAGCUGUGUAGUUUUCAGUCUGCAAUCUUUACUUAAUCCAGUGCUGAUCUGAUUUGUGUAUUUUUGUAAUAAAUGUAUAAAUGUCCAGGCGAAAUCUCAGAUAUCGCCAACAUACCUCGUCAGCUUACACAAUCUAGAUUUUAUGAGGCUGUUAUUCUUCUACAAGGGAUACUGCAUCUGUGUAUAGGAAUAAAGUACUGAUUACUGUACCUAUUUUUACACACUAUAAUAAUAAGCAGCUGGUUUGUUACAGGCCCAUGAGGUCUAAGACCAGUUAUCAUGUUGUGAUAAGAUAUAGAAAACGUAUUUUGACAUUUUAGUAUUUUCAAUGUCUUCUGUCUUCUUUUUUGUUCACUCAUUCAUUUAGAUUUGUCCUUGUGAACUAGUUGUUCUGUAAGUUUUGAUUAAAGGGAUUCUCCAGUGGCAGCAAAACAUAUUCGUUUUCUUGGCACUGCAGGACCCUGUAGUGCCCCUCUCCCUCCCAUCCCAAGUUGCUGAAGGGGUUAAAACCCCUUCAGUGACUUACCAGAGUCCAGCACUGAUGUCCCUCGGCGCUGGGUCAGGCUCAGCCUACUCACCUUAAAGGACGACUAUAGGCACCCAGACCACUUCAGCUCAAUGAAGUGGUCUGGGUGCCAGGUCCAUCUAGGAUUAACCCUGCCUGCUGUAAACAUAGCAGUUUCAGAGACACUGCUAUGUUUACAAUAGGUUAAAUCCAGCCUCUAGUGGCUGUCUCAUUGACAGCCGCUAGAGGCGCUUCCCACUGUGAUUUUCACAGUGAGAAGACGCCAGCGUCCAUGGGAAAGCAUUGAGAAUGCUUUCCUAUGAGACUGGCUGAAUGCGCGUGCGGCUCUUGCCGCGCAUGCGCAUUCAGCCGAUGACGGCAGAAGAAGGAGGAGAUUCCCCAGCGCCGAGGGAGAUUGGCGCUGGAAAAAGGUAGGAAUUUAACCCCUUCCUCACCCUAGAGCCUGGCGGGAGGGAGACCUAGAGGGUGAGGGGGACCCAAGGACCCUAUAGAGCCAGGAAAACAAGUGUGUUUUCCUGGCACUAUAGUGGUCCUUUAACAAUGAAACAGCUGUUCACUGGCUGUGUAUCUUUUCCUAAGUUGUGUUUCAAAGCUGUUGUAUACAGCAAACACAGACUCAAAGGAAUCCAUGUUUAAAAUGGAAUGAGGCAAAAAUGUCAUUCUUUAUUGAACUAAUUUGCAUAUGCCCACCCAGAAUCCUUUGCGGUAGUAACAUUAGUGCAAAUAUGUGAUUCCUGUGGGAAAAGCAACUGUUAUGGCUUGACUGGUGUGCAGAUUUUUGUUUAACAUUGUGUUUUAUAUAUAUUUAUAUAUCUCGUGUAGAUUGGAUUAGCCAUAUUAGUCCAGUAAACAAGAUAUAAGAGAGUUGCAGUAUGCAAAUAUACCUUUUUUAUUGGACUAACAUAAUAUUUCAAAGACAAGCUUUCGAGAGUUUUCCUCUCUUCCCCGGUCUGGAGCAAUACUAAUCAAUCUGAUAGAUUUAAACACUUAAAACAACUGAUGUUUGGCGGAGCCUGACAACCAAGAUGGCCAGACGUGUUUUGUAAGAGCUCCAGCACCGGUGGGCCAAUAAACACUAAUCCUGGCUAAACUACUGAUGCUACCGACUCAUGGUGACCAGAGGGCGACAAAGGAACAACCGGAGAACAGGAUGAUACCUGUCCUGGACCAAAACGUGACGAAAUUGCCUGAACCGGCCAUGCGGCCUAAGCCAGAGCGGAGCCUGAUGCCUGGGGGAGGCGGCCAGCAGGGGGCACGCUCACACGCCCGAUACAGCUCUUCUACCUACCUCCCCCCCAGACCGGCAGGGGUCAUCCCGGUCCUCGCUGGGGACGAUCACCACCAUAACACAGCCUGCAACUCACCGGACUCAGAGUUCCCCUGGGACCACUGCUGUGAGAGCUCCUGGUCGACUCAGGGAGAGUACAGAGAAACCUUCAGAAUGCCACGCAGAGCAAGCUGACUAUACAGCAAGGCUGGAAGCAAUAUUUGCAGCUUUUUGGCAGAAGCUUGAAAGGAGCAUGCAACAGCACGCCGAUCGACACACAGAUUUCGUCCAUCAAAGCGACCACGAGGCGAACACAGAAUGGCUACCGCAUACUCACCUCAGCACUCACAGGGCUCACAACUCUGGCGCAGGCUAGCAAGUAAGCAGCACCAGCCUGUCCGGAACCAGCCAGGUGACCUCUCGCGGCACAAGCCGACCCCAGCUACAAAGCAUAAGAGCGCAGCGACGACACCCAUCCGAGCCCUAUCAGGGCGGCAAGGCGGGAGACGUGCCGGGCCGAGAGACGCACAUACCCACCCAGGUAGAUUCCCAGAGGGGGAAAGCCUGCCUCGGGGUUACCCCCAACAUCAGCAACGGUACCAGGGGGAGCAGGUUCAUCAUGGGGACGCAACAUCCAUAACCAUAGCAGUGCAAGGGUGUCAAAUAUUGACAAGGGAGGCUCAAGCAGAUCCUCCUCCACCCUACAGGGAGACAGACACUCACAACACACGAGGUAACUCUGCCGAAACAGAGGCAUACAGACACCACCGGCCCACCGCACCGCUGGCUCCACCAAGACAGCCCUGAGGGACAGAGGUAAACAGCCACCCGACACUCAUACAGCCAGAUGGAUCCUUGCUACAGCCCCGACCAGGGAUGCCACAGCCGAACAGUACCCGCAUGUACAAGGCCCAACACCGGCAGCAGCUUCAUCCGAUGGCGAAGGGGAUCACAGCUGCACCUCCCGCAUACCAGAGGCUCCUGCCAAAAGCCGGAGUCGGGUGAACCCCCGAGACUUAGAUCCCAGAGACUGUAAGCACCAACCACUGUGGACUCACGAUGCGACUUACCAACGAUACUACCCUCCUCUUUGCCUUUUAGCCUAGGGUGUAUUUCUCUCUAAUCUUGCAGAGUUAUUCCUGUACCUAAUCAGUGUAGCAGGUCUUUUAUAUAUUUCCUAUAUAUCUCUCAUUACAGACAGCUGGCUACAGAUGUCCACUUAAUGUAUAGGUGCUAUAUACCAACCAGCUACUGCCAUACUGCAAAACAUGCAAUUACGUUAUAAUAACCCAGUAUUGUCAAGCAUCAAUCAUUUUAGUUUUGUACUUAGCCUCUAUACCCUCAUACAAGUACAAAAAAUGUUUUCUUAGUGUUACAAAUAUACGUUUCAACUGACAUGCCAUUAUACUGUUGCCCCUGCAGUUUUGAAGUGAAAGAAUACCCUUGAUACCUACACUUUCUUCCCAUCUGCAGCCUAUACAAACUACAGGACUAAACAGGAUGCUAAUUACUGUUGUCUUUAUUUAGAUUUUUUUUUUUUUUUACUUUUUAUGAAUCUUGCUGUUGUGGCCAGUAUAGCGAGGGAACAGAAUUAUUCAUAGUCCUUUGCAUUGUUCUUGCAGAAACACUAGCCUACACACUAAAUCUAUGUGGCAUUAACACAUCUUGCUUAAGACUACCUAUAUAUGCCUAGAUUUGAUGCCUAUGAGAAUAUAAUGCUAUGCCAGACCUACUGUCUUUGUUUGGCAGUAUUGGCUACAGGGGAACACACUGGGCUUUACUCAUGUCAGCUCAUGCUGAUAAUGGGCUAGCCCAGUUAAGAGACCAUCACCCUUUCUCACUAUUGCUAGCAUGUCAGUAUCUUAUAGCAUUUAUGUCAUAGCAACGCUCCUACACCUACUCAGCCCUGGAGGCAAUACUACUCUUGUAGGCUAGAACCAUGAUGAAUGCUUAAUUUUUAUACAUAUAUUCCUGAUAGUAUUCAAAUCGUCUACUCUACUCCUCGUGGCUACCAACUUGGUUGCAGCUAAUGUUGAAGCAAAUGUUAUAGAUCUCUUUAACAAAUCUCUUAAAAAUUGUGCUGUUAAUUCUUGCCAUGUUACUGAUUGUCUCGUGUUGUUCCAUCAGCUUGUAUCAGCUGUCGUGGCGAUAUAAACUUGUCUGUAAUUCUUAGCACAACAAAAAUAAAGAAUAAAAAAAACAAAAAACUGAUGUUUAAGUCUAUCAGAUUGAUUAGUAUUGGUUCAGACCUGAGGAAGAGAGGAAAGCUCUUGAAAGCUUGUCUUUUAAAUAUUAUGUUGGUCCUGCAGUGCCAGGAAAACAAAUAUGUUUUCCUGCCACUGGAGAAUCCCUUUAAUCAAAACUUACAGAACAACUAGUUCACAAGGACAAAUCUAAAUGAAGGAGUGAACAAAAAAAAAAUGUAAAAAAAUAUUGGGACGAAAAAUACGCAUACAGAGAAAUGGACACUUCUGUGCCUAUGGCUAAUUACUCCCGGCACACAUUACUAUGUUCCUACAGUCUAUCAUUGACAGAUGUUAACCGGUCUUAUCCUUUCAGGCAGCACUGGGAAGCCUAGGACCUCUCUGCCUCCAUACAUUGAGAGCUAUGUUUUUACUUUUUUAAGUACACUCCCUCCCUUGUCCACCCUCACAGCUUCCGUUUUAUAGCUCAGGACAGGCAAAUUUGCUCUGAGUUGGUGAGAACGGUCCAUCAAAUGCUUCUCUACGUGAAGCUUUUGUUUGGAUCACAGUUAAGGAAGGAUGAUGUGAUGUUAGGCGAAGUGUUGAAGGUAAGUUUUACCCUUUUUUUUUUUUUUUACAAGGCUUUCUAACUGGAAAAAAAAUGGUAGUGGACAAGUUACAAGUGCCCAAUAAAGCAACCCUGUAAUAAAUUACAGGGUUUUAUUAAAAGUAAGGUUUGUUGUAUGAGAGAUAUUUGUCCCACUCCUACUGGCUCCAGGUUCACCUUUUUGUGAUGCAGUUUGAGAAGCUGCCCCAAAAUAGCCUGAGAAGGACUGACUCAGUGAGAGGUAUCUUCCCUCCCUGCCAAGUGUGAAGCAGCCAUAGCACCAGCAAAUGGAAACGGGAUAAAUUUAGAACGUGCCUGCUGUCUCUGAAAGUACAGAGUGAGAAACCGGUUUAAGACAAGACAACAGAAAGCAGCUGAGAGACAAAAACAGAUUUUUAAGGAAGAGGCCAGUAAAAAAAACGAGGCAGAAAGAGGUGUUAGAGAGAACUAAGGGCCUCAACGCUCUGCUGUAUUAAGAAGGCUGUAGCUGAUGGAAAGUUAUAAAUAAACCUUGGAUAUGUUUACAGAGGGGUAAGGAAGCCUUUCAAUGCUACAGCUUCCAGUGAGAAUGAAUCAACAAGAUUGGCUUCUAAAACACAAGAGAAAAGAAAAACAGCUGGAUUUUUGGAUUUUUCAGACCUAUAUCCUUCUGGGAUCCUAUUUCUUAAGUGGGCCAAGUCCAAUCAUAAAAUUAUUGUAAAGAGUAUAUGAAAUAUGGUGGCUUCUACAAGGACACAGUGUGUUUCUUUCUGAGGUGGAAUCAGAAAAGCCUUGAUUAAGUUGACCUUUCUCCUGUAAGGUAAAUAUGUGUCUCCGGUUUUAGGAUAAAGUUGCUUGAUUCUUAUUUAGAAUAUGUACAAACUAAUUUUAUUUUUAUGAAUUUAGGGUAGUCUGCAUGCUUGUGUAUUGGACAGCAGUAGAUUGUACAUUGUGUAGUUUCUUGUAGACCAUGUAUGAUCUGUAGGAGAUGGAUAGUACCAUGUUUUACUGACUGAGUAGAGGUCAAAUUCUUAACUUAUCCUUAAGAGGUCAAAUCCUUAAUAUAUACAAGUUUAGCUUAAUGAAGAAGUAAAGUUGUAUAGAUCAUGUUCCUGCAGCCCCACUGCUCAAUUCACUGCCAUUUAGGAGUUAAAUCACAUUUUGUUUCAGUCUAUGCAGCCCUAACCAUAUCUCCCCUGUCUGUGUCUGACACAGACUACAUGAACUAUAUGGUUUCAUUUUCAAUCGGAUGUAACUUACUUUAAAAGUUUUUAUCACCUGGUCUGUAAAUUUUACUUUAUGUACAUAAAGGGGUUUAGCAAACUAGCAACAGAGCAAGAAAUUCUGAAUUAAAAAGAUUUUGAAAUAAAGGAAGUUUAAACAUUAGUUGAUUCUUUACAGGAAGUGUUUAGGAAGGCUGUGCAAGUCACAUGCAGGGAGGUGUGACUAGGACUGCAUAAACAAAGUGAUUUAACUCCUAAAUGACAAAGCAUUGAGCAGUGAGACUGCAGGGGCAUGUUCUAUACACAAAAACUGCUUCAAUAAGCUAAAGUUGUUUUGGUGACAAAAGUGUCCCUUUAAGAUAUACAUGGCAGCCCAAAGUCUCAUACUGAAGUGGAUAUGUGAUUUGGAAAUAUUACAUUAGUUUAUAGAUUAAGAGUUGAUAAAUUUAGAAGAAGAAAAAAAUAAAAGUGCAUAAUUUGGAAAUUCUUGUUUCCACUCUGCUAUUUUAGGCUCAAUGUUGUUCUAUAUUUGCUACAACUAGGUUAUUAUUUCCAGAAGGUGGACAUAUUCAGCAGCACUGUACAUUAUAUAAGUAUCUUAUUUAAAAUGUGACUUUACAAGUUUUUAAACAGGUACAGGUUUAUAAAAAUGACAAAUCAUGCUAAAUUAAUGUCACAUUUUAAAAAUGCCUUUUAGAGGCUAAUUGCAUCUUCAGCAUAACAUAGUGAUUUUUAAGUUUAAAAAAAGAUGCAGGUCCUUCAAUGUCAUCCUUUCAAAUAUACUUGUUGAACCAAAGGAAUGCAAAAUAUGUCCCUCCCAGGCUCCCACCCAUCCCAUCUGCCAACAGGCUUGAGUUCAAACUGUGUCUCCCCAAGGGAAAAAAUCCUUCUUGACUUAAAAAUGGCAAUCUGCUUAAAAAAAACAAGUGAAUAAUAUCUAUAUAACUUUUUAUUUCUGUGUAUAGCGUGCUUAACAAAAAAAACAAAAAACGGUUUAGCCCCUUUUUAUAACCUAUGAUCUAAAUCUAUUCUAUACAUUUGAUGUUCUUACUGUUUAAGAAUCUUUACUGGUGUGGAAGUUAACUCUCCUUCCCUGAAUUUUCAGUGGAUAUCUGACAUAUUUAUGGGGAUGUUAAUGAACGGGUAUUCAGAGACCUAUUUGUAUGGAUCAAGUAUAUAUUUCUAUAAUCUUAAUACAUUUUCAUCGACUUGUUCACCUUUUCUUCAUAGCAAAGUUUAUACAUUCCCUCUAUUGAUUCCUUCCUACCCAAUGCCAGGCUAACUUUUUUGUGUAAAAUUACAUUUAGUCUGUGAAGUUCCCCUUCACUCCAGUGCUGUAUUUCUCCACUAGAACUCCAGUCAUUCUAUUUGCAUAGUGCAAGAGGGCUGUAAAUGACAGUCCUCUCUCACAUGAACAGUAGCCUUAAGGGGUUCAAAAUACAAGCAAAAUGGCAGAAAUGGAAUUGAUUUGAAAUUGAUGUGAAAAAGCUGGGUGUUUUUUUUUCAGGAACACAUUCCCAGAAAGCUUCCAAUGUUUGUUCUAGCAGCUAAAAUGCAUUUGUGGGUAACUGAAUUACAAGAUCCCUUUCAAAUGCUUAUAAGCAGGGUAUAUGUGACAGCAAUGGCAUUUCUGCUAAAAAUUUGGACACUUUCUGAAUUUUUGAAAGAUAAAAGAUAAUAUGUAAAAUAAUAUAAUAUAUUGGUGAAAAUGUUUUUAAACCCCCAGUAUCCCCUCACCAUCCCCCAAUAUCCCAUGGAGCAAUGUAUGCUGUGUGGACACAGGGCUCCUGCCAGCAGCGUGUGUCACUUUGCCAGGGAGAUUAAAGGGACACUAUAGUCACCAGAACAACUACAGCUUAUUGAAUUUGUUCUGGUGAGUCGACUCAGUAUCUUCAGGCUUUUUGCUGUAAACACUGCUUGUUUCAGAGAAAACGCAGUGUUUACAUUACAGCCUAGUGAUAACUUCAUUGGCCACUCCUUAGAUAGCUGAUAGAGAUCCUUCCUGGGUCAUGGCUGUCUAAAAUGCAAAACCCAAAUAUUCAGUAUCUCCUCCCUCUGCAUGCAGACACUGAACUUUCCUCAUAGAGAUUCAUUGAUUCAGGUCAUCUCUAUGAGGAGAUGCUGAUUGGCCAGGGCUGUGUUUGAAUCAUGCAGGCUCUGCCCCUGAUCUGCCUCCUUGUCAGUCUCAGCCAAUCCUAUGGGGAAGCACUGUGAUUGAAUCAGGAUACCACUUCUGAUGGUGUCAGUGGGCAGGUCAAAAGGAAACAGGUACAAAGCAGACUUGAAUACAAGUGAGAUUUGACUAUAUUUAGGGAGGCAUGAGGGGACCAGGGUGGCUAGAUGGUGAUUUUAACCCUAUAGGGUCAGGAAUACAUGUUUGUGUUCCUGACCCUAUAGUGAUCCUUUGAACACAUGUAACAUACACAAAUAACUAUCAAUUAGCAGUUGUUACAGAUAUGUUACAGACUUGCUAAAGUUUAUUUAUUAAUUUAUUAUGCAUUAACAGAAAUCUGCAGAGCAAAGUGCUGUAAUUGGACCUAGGGUAUGUAUAUUGUAGGGAGAAGGUAGGCAGCAGAGGAACUUACCCAAGAAGUAGUGUUUUAAACCAGGCAACGUAAAUAAAAUGUACAUCAGGUUAACAGCAUAUACUACUUCUGGAUGUUUGGGUUUUUGUUUUGUUUUGCUUUAUAUAACAUAUCACAGUGAUGGCUAGUGUUAUCAAAUUGCAAGUGGCAUAAUUCAUUUUACAGAAUGUUGUUCGUGGCUUUGUAGUGCAGAUGCAUAUAAUGAUCCUUAUAUCUAUAUGAACUCUACAACCUUUACUAUUGCUUUACCCCCUACAUCCUCUACAACUCUUUUGAUACUUUAAAAAAAAAAUAUUUCAAAUUAUAGUUUACUAGAUAAAUAAUUACGGUAUGUUGAAACGAACACUUAAUGGAAAAUGUAGGCCAAACAAGUCUGAUUAGACAUAUAACUGAACUGGAGAAUGUCUCCAUUUUAGCUAAUUUGGACUAUUUCACUAUAUUGCACUAGUUGGUGGAUGAACACCUCUGCUCUGCUAUCCACGUGUGCUCCCUUCAUUUCUUUACUCUUCUCUUAGUGCCUUUUCUCUCAGGUUAUUUUUCCAACAAACAUAUCACCCUCAUUUGUCUUCUAAUUUGGUUUAACCCUGCUCAGGUACUGUGCCUAGAUUUCAUGGGGAAAUUCCCACUUUUAUGGUGACUGUAAAGGGGAAAGCUGUAGUUAAAGGGACACUAUAGUCACCUGAACAACUUUAGCUUAAUGAAGCAGUUUUGGUGUAUAGAACAUGCCCCUGCAGCCUCACUGCUCAAUCCUCUGCCAUUUAGGAGUUAAAUACCUUUGUUUAUGAACCCUAGUCACACCUCCCUUCAUAUGACUUGCACAGUCUUCCAUAAACACUUAUUAGGCUUUCUUUAUUGCAAGUUCUGUUUAAUUAAGAUUUUCUUACAUGAAACAAAGUAGUUCUUGCUUUGUCUUAUGUGUGUGUGUGUAUUGGAAGUUUUGUUGAGAUUUAAAGCAACCACAGCACAUUCAACAUGAGCUUUUCGCAAAGUCUCUAUGUUUAUUAAAAUCUGUAUUCUGUAUGGCAGAGUGAAGGAUAUUUUAACUUGAGAAAGUAAACACAUCUGUAAUAUGUAGGAGUAAUGCUCUUUCCUCAAAUCAUCCUGUUAGUUUGGAGAACAUUCCUCAAUGUAAUGAGACUAUAUUGAUUUAUAAAACCAAAGGUAAAUUAUGAGUCGUCUGCAUACUUGACAACUGUCCCGUUUUUGCCGGGACAGCCCCGGCAAGCUGGAGUCUGUCCUGGGCAAUUCACCCUCCCACGACAGUCCCGGCAACUUGCUGGCCAUGCGUUUUUAUUAUUUUCCCUCGGACUGUAACAGCUUGUUACAGUCCGAGGGAAUCCAGGAGAGAGGUGCUGGAGACUGUGGAGAGAUGCUGGUGGGGGCUUGAGGGAGCAAUCACAGUCUCCCUUCCAAUUUCGAAGCAGCUUCCCGGCACACAGGCUCCUGCUCUGCGGCACAGACGGAGGCUCUGCCUCCGCAAUGGAAGCCCCAAGCUCUGCCCUUACCUUUAAGCAGGCGACCUUACUGCUGUUUGAAGAGGCCAGAAGAUGGCUACCUGACCUCCCAGCAACAGCCUCCAGUGCCAGGUAGGCUUGAUAUAUUCAGGUGUGUGUGUGCGCCUGCCUGCCUGCUAGUGAGAAAGCUUGUGUGUUUCUCAAUGAGUGUGUGUGUGUGUGUGUAAGUGAGCUUGUCUGUAGACCACCGGGGCACAGCACCCCUCAUACACACACAGCACCCUCACACAUACACACUGCACCCCUUAUACACACACGGCACCUCUCACACACACUGCACUCCUCAUGCACACACAGCACCCAUCACACACUGCACCCCUCACACAUACACAGCACCCCUAACACAAAGCCCCCCUCACACACAUCACCCCACAUACACAGCACCCCUCACACAUUCACACACACAGCACCCGUCACAAACAUCCUUUGUCACAAACUGCACCCCCUCAGACACGCACAAAGCACCUGUCACACACACAGCACUCUUCACACACUGCACCCACACGCACAGCACUCUUCACACACUGUACCCCUCACACACAACACAUACACUGCACCCCUCUUUGCAGUCUGUGUGUAUUCAGCAGUCUGUGUGUUUAUGAAGUAGCCUGUGUGUAUUCACCAGUCUGUGUGUGUGUAUUCAGUGUACUGUGUGUAUGCACUAUGUAUGUGUGUGUGUACUCUGCAGUCUGCGUGAGUGUACUCUGCGGUCUGCGUGUGCGUACUCUGCGGUCUGCGUGUGCGUACUCUGCGGUCUGCGUGUGCGUACUCUGCAGUCUGCGUGUGCGUACUCUGCGGUCUGCGUGUGCGUACUCUGCGGUAUGCGUAUUCUGCAGUCUGUGUGUGUGCGUAAACUUAAAAAGGUGAAAGGGGAGGCGGCGCCACAGGUGAAAUAAAAUAUAAAUAGAUAAACCUGAUUUAUACAAGCACAUAUACAAGACACUAUAUAAGAGAAAAUACAUGCAAGAUAAAAAUCCAAAAAGAGCUCGAAAUAUGGAUAAUGAAUAAUAAUCAAGAGUCCAAAGACUAAGUCCAAAAGAGUCUAUGCCUUAUAAAUGCAGUAAAAAAAAAGUCCAAAUAAAACCUUGUAUAAGAAAUCAGUCACAAUCUUGUCAGGGGAAGUAUUCCUCAGUAACGUAUGGACAUGGGAUAUUUGUAAAAUCGAUAUGAAAAAAAUGAAAAGACAUCAAAUAAUGGUGCAGUAUAUCCCAACAGGUACUAAGAACUGUUUUUAGAGGUCUAUAUGGUCCUGCUCACGUUUUCCAGAGCUAUAAGACAAGCUCUAGUGUGGAUGGCAUACAGUGGUACAAUCCCCACUUAUGGGAUACGUGACGUUUUGUAGUGGAUGGAUAUCUUGUUGGUAUAAGGACCAUAUGAAAUGUAAAAGAAACAAUAAUAGUGCUUAUUGUAUAAAAGCCAGAGGUGAAGUAAUAAAAUACCAAGUGGUUACUCACAUUUUAUUGAGCAGGCAGACUGCUCAAUGGUUAAAGCUUGAGUGGUAUAAUCCCCACCAAGGAUUCUUUGGAGUAAAAUUCUCACUGGAACAAUAAAAACUCUGGUGCCAGGUAAAAAUAAAUAAAAGACCUCUAAAAACAGUACUUAGUAUUUAGUGGGUGCAAAGUGUCCCUGGAAAUUUUUUUUCAAAUGUUGGCAACUGUGCAUCUUUAUAAAUUCCCAUUUCAUAACAUACAAAAAAAAAAGCUAUAAGGGAAUAGAUACAUGUCCUGUAUGGGGGUGGGGGGUAACCUCUAAUCUUUCAAUAAAAAAAAAUUAAGCACCCACAUAAUGACUUGUGCCCUCCACCUGUAGGUGGUUUUUGUGUGUACUUUUUGUGCUUGUUUCCUUUGAAAGAUAAGGAAGUUGCUGGAAAACACUCUGGGACAGUCAGAAAAAUACUUAACAAAUCAUAGUAACACUGUAGUGUAAUUGGAAUGGAAUUCUAGGGUUACAGUCCUUUUUUUUUUUUUUUUAACCCCAUCUUGAAUAGUGGGACCUAGUAAGGGGCAGAUCAGAAAAUGACAUAGAUGAUUUCCUAUUGCAUUACGUAUUAGAACCACGUGGUCAUGGGAGAUUGAAUGUGCCUUCCCCACCCUUCUGAUGCAACAUGUUACGUUAGGUUAAGGUGUUAACAGGGAUGGUCAGAUUUUGUUCUUUUCUUAUUAUUAUUGCCAUUUAUAUAGCGCCAACAAAUUCCGUAGCUCUUUACAAUAUUAUAAGAUGGGGGGAUUUAGCUAUAAAUAGGACAAUUACAAGAAAACUUACAGGAACGAUAGGUUGAAGAGGACACUGCUCAAACGAGCUUACAGUCUAUAGGAGGUGGGGUAUUAAACACAAUUCUUGUUGGAUUGUGUUCUUUGAUAGAUGAUGUGCAGUAAAUUUAAUAAAAGCAUUCACAGUUCAUACUAAGAAUGCAAAUCAGGGACUUAACCUACACUAAAAAUCCCAAAGAGAAUUGGCUGCCUUGUAAUGAAAAUAGACUUUUUGGCUUUGCUUUUAUUUUCUUUGUGCAAACAGAUCUGCUUUUUCAGCUUAGAUUUUACUUAUUUCAAAUGGAAUUUCUAGCAAUAAAUAACUGUUGUAUAUUAUUGAUAUAAACUGUUUCUAACCUGAGACAUAAAGUAAUUCAAACAAAGCAAUUUACAUUUUUUUCCAAAAAGUACAUAUAAAUAGUGGGUGCAAAUGACCACUGAUUUUCUUUGAGAAACAUGUAAUUUCUUCAUAUUUAUGUUCCUUUAAGAAUUUGCGUUUCUUAAAGGACUACUAUAGGCACCCAGACCACUUCAUUGAGCUGGAAUAACCCUAAAGUAAACAUAGCAGUUUCUCUGAAACUAUGUUUACAGCAGGCAGGGUUAAUCCUAGUUGGACCUGGCACCCAGACCACUUCAUUGAGCUGAAGUGGUCUGGGUGCCAGGUCCAACUAGGAUUAACCCUGCCUGCUGUAAACAUAGUUUCAGAGAAACUGCUAUGUUUACUUUAGGGUUAUUCCAGCCUCUAGUGGCUGUCUCAUUGACAGCUGCUAGAGGCGCUUCCGCGCUUCUCACUGUGAUUUUCACAGUGAGAAGCCGCCAGCGUCCAUAGGAAAGCAUUGAGAAUGCUUUCCUAUGGACCGGCUGAAUCCGCGCGUAGCUCUUGAUGCGCAUUCAGCCGAUGACGGCCAAAGGAGGAGGAGCGUCCCCAGUGCCCCUGGAGAAAGGUGAGUGUUUUCCCCCUUCCUCCCCCUUCAGCCCGGCGGGAGUGGGACCCUGAGGGUGGGGGCAAGUUUGUUUUCCUGGCACUAUAGUGGUCCUUUAAUGCUUAAAAAAGACAUUCUUCAUCUUCACCAUUUCAGUCAGUAGUUUUUUCUUGACUCCAAAGGUAUUAAUUAAUAUAAUUUGUAAAAUAGACACAGUGACUACCACAAGUCAAAAUAUCAAUAGGGUUUCCCUGGGAUUCAAUACUUUCUGUAUAAUUCAUCUGUCUAAGCACAGCCCACUCUUAUUUGGCACUACUGAGUACAGACCAUUGCCUUUUUUGUUUUAUCCCUGAGUGGGCCCUGUCCUCUUCCUGGACUUCACAGGUAAAUAUACUGAGAUUUAUAUACUGUCUAUUUAUGAAAUAGAGAAUUUAACCCAGUUUCUGUGACUCCAUAAUAACCAUCAGAUAUUCAAUAUGAAAUUGACAAAGGUGUGUUUCUUUAAGGUAGAAGCCGAAUUGUGUAACUUAAGUAACAGAAAGUCUGUACAAGGUCUGAUUACCCCUUUAAAUGUAUUGCAUAUUUUACUGCGUUUUAAGGACUGAAUCUACAGGACUUUUGCAUAGUUUUACAAAUGGUAUUACUGCUUCCUGCGGUUUUGACUGUUAUAUAUCCCAGGAAACCCAACAAUUCUCUGGCAAACAUACUCCUUUAAUUCCACUUAUAUUUUCCAUGUGUUAAAUUUGCUUUUCUUCUUUUUUAAAUUUUUUAUUUUACUUCCUUCCUGCUUUCAUCCCUCAAUAAUAUUCACAUGUAUGUUGUAAUAUAAGCACUACAAAUUAUAUUGCGUAUUGCAAAAAAUGAAACCGUAGUCUAGACUGGGGCUAUCAAACUCUAGUAUUAGAGGUUUACAAGCACAGCACCCUUUUAGGAUACAGGUGGUCUUCAUACUUACAUCAAAUUAGAUACUUGCAAAAGGCCAAUGUAAAUUAGAAUGAUGUAACACAAGUCUUACUCUUACAAUCCGUGAUAUAUAGGUUUAUGUCCAUGAUUGAGUUUGUCAUUUGAUACUUAUAAAAUGCCACAAUAUUUGACACUAACUUAUGUAGAGAACAUUGAGCAAUUCAAUUUUCUAAAAGGUAUGGACAUAUCUAAAACUGAGAUAAAAGCAGGUUUUUAGGGCUUACUCUCCUAGUGUAAAAGGCAGCUGGCGCAAAGCAGACCAGACUCUCUCCUAUCUGGUUGAUGGUGUUUAAUAGAGACGAUAAAUUUAGGAAGCAACGUCUUGAUGUGCUCCUCAGGUUCAUAAUGAUAUGCAGUGGAAGAAGAGGACAAGAGGAGGGAAUAUAAUGUAGCAAGUAGAUACUUAUACUAUUAAAGAAAGAAGAGAUUCACUUACAGUGUUUGGAGCCGAGAACUAGCUCUAGAUGUAGUGCCUGAGCAGUACAAUCCCUGUCUGUGUAUAUGGGUCUGAAGUCUUGAUCCAAUAGAAUAUAGUUCGGAUAUGAAAUGCAGAAAGAACAAAAACCACCAAUACAGUAUAGUAUAUCGGAUACCCGGAUUAUUGAACAAAAGCGCAUACUCACAUUUAAUAGAGCCUUCUUGCACAAGGUCUUGGGUGGAAUAAUCCCAACUCUUGGAUAUAUGUGCAAUCUUCUCUCUUGGGUGUGAAUGGGUUAAAAUCCUCAUCUUGAUAUAAAAACUGAAAAAAAAUAUAUAGUGCACACUGUGUUGUUAAAUAGACUAAAAUAUUAGGAAAUGAACUCACUUGGUUUAGAGCAAUGAUUGGUUUUCCUCAAUCCAAAGGCAUAGGUGGUUUGUUCGACACCAAGGAAAAUUAUGUUUCAGCGUCAGGAUAUAUAUAUAUAUAUAUAUGUAUGUAUAAACAACGAGAGGAAUGGCAGCACUCACGAUCUUCAAUAAAAUAACUUCUUUAAUGUAGCAAGAUUAAAAAGUGGGAUCAACGUUUCAGUCCUUUUCCAGGACUUUCAUCAGGAUCAAUAAAAAAAAAUUAAUUUUAUUGAUUCUGAAGAAAGGACUAAAACGUUGAUCCCACUUGAUCUCACUUUUUAAUCUUGGUACAUUAACCCCUUCAGGACCAAACUUCUGGAAUAAAAGGGAAUCAUGACAUGUCACACAUGUCAUGUGUCCUUAAGGGGUUAAAAAAGUUAUUUUAUUGAAGACCGUGGGUGCUGCCAUUCCUCUCGUUGUUUGGAUAACCAAAGUCCCAGGCUGAGCACCUUUGAUACAAAUCCUACCCUUCUGAUUGCUCAGUACGGCUGCUGAGUGCAGACAAUGGAAUAAUAUCCCUUCAUGUUACUUAUCAAUCCUAUCCCCUCCACACACAAUCUCUAUAACUGAAAUAUGUAUCUUCUUCUCCAUGGUGAACUCUGUUUCACGUUUACAGUUUCCCUUUUAAGUAGAGCAUUAAACACCAUUGCUAAAAUUAUUUUAUCACUUAGUAUAGGAUUAUCACCUCUGAAAGCAAGAACCAUCCCCUACAGCCACACUAAUUAAACUAAUAAAGCCAUCCAUGUAAUACUUGCUUUCAGCGUGUAGACCCCAAGGUGUAAUACUGAGGUCCACCCAUGAACUGGAUGUACAUGUACAUGAUCACAUCUGGUACAUGAUGUCUGGAACGGAUUAAUCAAAUUUCCAUUAAUUCCUAUGGGAAAUGUUGAUUCAGUUCUUGAACAAAUCGGAACUGGAACAUCCUUCUUGAACGGAUUAAUUUCGAGUUCCAAGCUUCCACUGUACUCAUUUUCUGUUGGAUGGGGGGAUGUUUUAAAUUAAAAAGAAAAUAUUUCUGAUCCUUGACCUCAAUAUCGGCAACAUUCCUUAAAAUUACUAUGCACAAAGGGACAUGUUGUUUAUAGGUCUGAAUACAACUAGAACUUAUGUGAAAUUUUUCUCAGAAUGAGAAAAGAUGCAAACCAACAAGUAUGUUUUAAGCUCUUGACUUUUUACUCUUGCUUUACUUAUAUACACUCCAAACAUCUUGCUCUUAAGGAGCUUUAGUUGUGGCUGCAUGUAUAUACUAUAUUCUUAAAAUAAUGAAUGGAGUUACUGCAGCAUUAUCCUUGUAUUAUGAUUAAUUCCACUGAUGAACACUGAGCCAUGCAUUCCCUGAGCUCUGACUUCCCAUAGAAAAUAAUAGAAUAGCUUCGAUUGACUUAGUUUAAAGGGACACUAUAGUCACCCAGACCACUUCAGCUCAAUGAAGUGGUUUGGGUGCCAGGUUUUAACCCUUCAGAUGUAAACAUAGCAGGGUUACAUUGCAGGGUUAAUCCAGCCUCUAGUGGCUGUUUUCCUGACAGCCACUAGAGGCGCUAUUUCGCCACUGGAUGCAAAAUGGCUUCAAGCGUACAGAACGUCCAUAGGAAAGCAUUCAGAAAUGCUUUCCUAUGGACUGUUUGAAUGUGCGCGCGGCUCUUUCCGCGCACGCGCAUUCUGCUCCACUCGAGAGCUGGCGUCGACAGGAGGAGAGGUCACCAGCGCCGAGGGAGCCCGGCGCUGGAUUAAAGUAAGUAGCUGAAUGGGUUUUAACCACUUCAGGGCCAAGGGAGCGGGGCCCUGAAGAUGGGGGGGAGGGGUGUCCUAAGGAGUAUAUAGUGUCAGGAAAAAGAGUUUGUUUUCCUGACACUAUAGUGAUCCUUUAAGCAUGGUUUGUUAUAAGAUCUAAACAAGGAACUUCAAAGUUCAGCAGGCUUAUUUAUUACAAAAUGCUGAUCUGAGGCGGCGUCUCGUUUUAAUUUUACACUGCUGAGCUCAUUUAUAUAACACUGAAUUAUAACAGGCAUACAAAACUAAAAGGAACAAGAUGCAGAUUGCUCUAGAGAAGACGACCCCUGGGUGCAAUCUUAUUUAGUUCACCCAUAACUAUCCAAAGUGGAGAAUACCUUGUGAUUCAAUCCACAGUCACAUCCCAGCCAUAAAAUCAAAAGCAUUCCAACCCAAUGCACGCAUGUCUUUCUCUAUUGGAGAUCAACUGCAGCUCACAUUGGCCUCAAUUUUAACAAUUUUGGAUAAGCUUUUCAAAUGAUUGAAUAUUUUUGGAUACAAUUUUAAAAUGAUUUAAUCUUGUGGAAUAAAAAAAAGUGCUGAUCUAUUUUUUUAUAUAGGAUAUAUUUGUGAUAUUUCAAUAUUUUGCAAAAAAAACUAAACUGUUUUUAUUCAAAAUUAUUCAAUUAUUUGAAAAGCUUAUUCAUAAAUAUUACAUUGAGGCCAUUGUUGUUUGUGUAUAUGUAUAUAUAUAUAUAUGUGUGUCUGUAAAGAUAUAGAAGCAAAUGUUUUGCCAUAUUUAAUCAGGAAGUCGAUGGAACAAUUGUUGCAGAAAAUAGCCUUAAAUUGUAAAGUGUUUUAAAGCUGGUUUUUAUUCUAUGGAAAUGUUAAAUUGUGUUAGCAGUUCUGUUUAUUAGUAUUUGUACAGUUAAAGAUAUUGAGAUGAUAUAAAGAUUAUGAAAUCUAACUGCCUGACAACUGUUUUUAAAUUGCAGAGCCUGCAAUAUAUGUAUUUUGCUGGGGGAAGGGGAGGUGGGAGAGGAAAAUAGCAUUAGUAAUACCUACCCAUAAUAUGUUUUUAUUUAUGGCUUUUUGAUUGUGGGAUCUAAGAAAUAUUUAUUUUUCUCAUUUUUUUCUUUUGUUUUCUAUUUAGGAUUGAAUUUCCAGUCCAGAUAAAUCACCUGCCUCGGGAAACCCUCCUUACGGUUACACUUUAUGCAGUUCCUGUCCCACCUCCUGGAAGUUCCUCUGAGCCAAGCAAACAGAAGCGAAAUCCUGUGCCCCUGGGCUGGGUCACAACACCCCUCUUUGACUUCAGACAGUAGGUUCUACUCCACACUCAUCACAAACUCUUCUAAUUCAUAUACAAUAGUGCAUUGCUGUACAGAGCUUCACUAGUGCAAUACUUUAAAUAUUCUCCUUUUUCUUCUCUAUUUUAAGGUCAUGAAUGUUAGUGGCAUUUCUUUUUACAAUACUUUUUUACUUGGGGGGGCGCUAUUGCAUACUUAAUAUGCAUAUAAUGUAUUGUAAAAAUAUACAUUGCACUGAGAAAUGGAAUACCCACUAACUUACCUGCAAACCCUGCAAACACCUACUUGGACUUCAGUGGUUUGACUUUGAGACUUUAUGGUAUUAGUUAAAUGAUUAUAGAGUAUAUUGUUUUUCAGUAUUUCCUUAUUUUUUUUUUUUUCUAAGCACAGUUUUCCACUAAUUUUGUAUGGUUUUCACUCAAAAGUUGACAUCAACUCUUUGAACUGUCGUUGUCUCAUAAUGUAUCUUGUCUUCUAAAGGCUUUUAACCUGUGGUCGGCGUUUACUUGGUCUUUGGCCAACAACAAAGCAUGGUAAUACCAGCUUUAGCACUCCGAACGUGAAUCAACCAGACAGUAUAAUCCUGCAGGUAAAGACCUCUCCCAAAUGUCAAUGUCAAAGACAUUCCGAUUUUAAAGAGUGAAUCUCGCAGUCGGAAAGUCAUAUGUCUGUGUUUCGCAGGGAUAGGCAACCUUUGGCACUCCAGAUCUUUUGGACUACACCUUCCAUGAUGCUUUGCCAGCAUUAUGGCUGUAAGAGCAUUGUGUGAGAUGUAGUCCAAAACAUCUGGAGUGCCAAAGGUUGCUUAUUCCUGUAUUGUAAUGCAUCGUAUAUAGAUAUAUACUGAUGUUACAAAUUACCUGGUGCAGAGUUCUAAAUGCCUGUUUACAAAGAGAUUUUUAAAAAGGUCACACAAGGCCAUUUCUUACUUACGUAGGUUUUAUUUUUACCUGUUGUUACCUGAGCACUUUGAAGAAUAUGUAUAUAUAAUGAAUCUCUUUUUAACAUUGGAAAAUGUAGCCAUCAUGUAAUUAACACAGUAGGUAUAUGUUAACUACAUUUCCCAUGAUGCUUAGGCAGCCUUAGGUAAGUUACGCUUACAUAUACUGUAUAAGCAUUGAUGAACAAUCACUAGUGCACUGUUAUUAAAAUGGCUGCUUGUGCAAUAGGCUGAUGGUACAGUUAUUGAUGAGUAAGCAAUAAAAUGAAUGAUCCGGACAUCUGUCAAUAACAGAAAGUGUUUGGAUACUGAUGUAUGAGAUGAUGAAGAGAAUUUUGUGAGUUGGUUCCCCCCCCUCCCCCCCCUAUUGAUCCUCAAGUUGAAAUUGAUUGAGUUCUACACACUGCCACGUCCUCUUCUCUCUGCAAAAGCAAAGCAGCAAUUCCUUGGAUCUAACUCGAUAGAAUAAAAAACAGCUGCUACAUGGGUCCCCUUGCCAGGAAACUUUAUAGAGUGAGAUGUCUUCUAAGCUUAGUAACAGAAAUUUCUGACAAAACAGACUUUUAUUACUGAAAAAUUAGCCUGCUCUACCACCCCCCCUUCUCAACUGGUUUAUUGCCACAUGGAAUAAGUGGAUAAUUUUCCAUUUUUUUUAUUCCACAUUUUAGUGGUUGCCCUAUUUAAACCUAAUGCAUUGUGUUAUUAGUCAAAAGAAUGUGGGAAAUAGAGCAAAGAAAGUAUUACAAAUGUUCUCAUAUUUCAGAAAUGAAAAAUAAGCUUUAAUAAUUGUUUGAACACUUGCAUAAAAUAUUUGAUGUGCAUGAAGAGAUGCAUCUACUGUUUAAAAAUUCUCAUUUUUUAAAAUGAUACUUUUUAUAUAUUUUUUAAGUUGUGUAAGUUAGAAUUUUAGAGUGCUAUAUACUUUCAUUUGAUAACUUGUCACUAGCAUAGUUAAAUAAGGCUUGGAUGCAUGAUGUGUGUAUUCUGAGAUGUCUAGAUUUAAAAUGAUUUAUCUACUGAACUGGGAAUCACAGAGAAACAGACAAGGGAACUGAUUCACUUAGGCCUAAGUAAUGGGGUUUUCGUAUAUAAUUUGGAAUUACACUCUCUACAAUUACUGGUUAAGUGAAUACACCUUAAGUAUCUUACUGUAAAGAAUAUGCAGCGAGCAUUCCUUGAUUAAUAAUAGACAUGUCCUGUAGGACAUGGUUCAGAAUUACCACUAGCCAUUGGCACGUGAAAGCUCAGCUGUGAUGAGUACAAAUUAACCCCUUGUGAUUAUGCCAUAGAUCCUCCAGGUGUGCAGUGGCUAGUAACCUUUAAAGUGACACUACACUGCCCAAAUAAAAUAAAAAAUCAAAUCACUGUCUAGUAGAUUUACCGCCAUUGAAAAUAUGCAUGCAUUUCAUUUUGCAUUUUUUUUUAAUUUGGCUAAUUCUAGAAAGAGAUCUCUUGUUUGCUUCAUUUGAAAGUCCUCCCCUUCUAGCCCCUUCCAGACUUCCUGUGGCUAUCCAAUCACAGACUUCCCAAUGCAGCACAAUUAGAAGCCUUUGCAAGGCAGGCACUCUGGACAGUUGCUGCUUCUUAAAUUUAUCUCCACUGAGCUACCCAAACCAGUAAGUAACAGAACUGGUUGUCUGAUUGAGAGCCAGGGGGUGUUACAAGAUUAAUUUAUAAAAGAGCCAAUUUUCAUUGAAAUCUGCAUUUCUUGUAAAAGUGCAAAUUAGAACACACUGUUCACAUAUAAAGCACUUCAGCAAGCUAACGUGCUUUAUGUUUGGAGUGUUCCUUUAAGACCUUGGUGGCCUUACAAUUCGAAAAAGAUAGCUAGAUAUUCAAUUGAAGUAACCUUAAAGUGACACUAUAGUCACCCAGACCACUUCAGCUCAAUGAAGUGGUCUGGGUGCCAGGUCCCCCAGGUUUUAACCCUUCAGAUGUAAACAUAGCAGUUUCUAGUGGCUGUCUUCAUGAAAGCCACUAGAGGCGCUUCUGCGACGCUGGAUGCGAAAAUCGCAUUCAGAGUGCAGAACUUCCAUAGGAAAGCAUUGAGAAAUGCUUUCCUAUGGACUGUUUGAAUGCACGCUUGGCUCUUGCCGCGCAGGCUCAUUCCGCUCCACUCGGGAGCUGAAGUCGGCGGGGGAGGAGAUGUUACCAGCGUUUUAACCCCUUCAUCCCAGCGGAGGGGGGACCUAAGGGUUAUAUAGUGUCAGGAAAACGAGUUUGUUUUCCUGACACUAUAGUGAUACUUUAACUAUAACUUUCUUCCCUAUUGCUUUGUAGUUUUAUCCACUUAUUUUUAUUGCUCUGUUUUCUCAGAUCGAUUUCCCCACCUCUGCAUUUAAUGUGAAAUUCACAAAGCCGGAAACAGAAGCUUUCAGUCCCAAAUACGAUUUAUCCAGCCUUGGUGAGGAGGAUCGUUCCAAACUCCAGGAAGCCAUGCAGAAGGAGUCUUUAUAUUGGUGAGAGAAAGAAAAGUCACUAUAAAAAGAAGAAAAAAAAAUUCUAUGUGCUUAAUUAUUCAAUAAACAUGGUAUAAUGUCCAAUUAAUGACAACUUGGAAUUAUCUAACCACUCCUUUCUAUUACAUUAACUAUAUCUGAGAUAAUUCUGGUAAUAUUGGAGAAUAUUUUUAAAGCAUACAUACCAUCCAUACUGUACUUGAAAUAUAUACUCAUUCUAUCACCGAUGUUAUGUGUUUAUAGUGCAGUCCACUGCUUAAAGGGGUCCUGUAGUGCCAGGAAAAUAAAGCCAUUUUCCUGGCACUAUAGAUUUCUAAGGAGCUCCCUCCCCCCUCUCGCGAGCUGAAGGGGUUAAAACCUCUUCAGUCACUUACCUGAGUCCCUCGGUGCUGGACGUCCUCAUGCAGAGCGUGAGGACGUCCAGCGCCAGAUAGUGGACCAAAGGUCUGUUUCGAUUCCGGAAGCCCUCUAGUGGCUGGUCGAUUCCGGAAAUGCCCUCUAGGGCAGACUUAGAGCUGCAAUGUAAACGUUGCAGUUCUCUGGAACUGCAGUGUUUUAUAUUGCAGCACUAAGUUCAAAAGGGACACAUUGGACACACAGUGAGCUGAAAUGGUGUGGGUGCUUACAGUGUCCCUUUAAAAAAAGGUAUGAAAGGAAUCCUUGAAUUUCCCAAAUCACCUUCCUUAAAGGACCACUAUAGUGCCAGGAAAAUAAACUUGUUUUCCUGACACUGUAGUGUUAAUAGGUUCCCCCCUCCCUCCGGGCUCAAGAGGGAUUAAGGGGUUAAACACUUACCUUUCUCCAGCACCGUGCUCCCUCGGCGCUGGGGACUCUCCUCCCUCUUCUGAUGUCAUCCGCCGAAUGUGCAUGUGCGCCAAGAGCCGCACGCGCAUUCAAUCAGUCCAUAGGAAAGCAUUUCUCAAUGCUUUCCUAUUGACGACUGCGUCUUCUCACUGUGAGUCAGAGAGACAGCCACUAGAGGCUGGAUUAACCCUAAUGUAAACAUAGCAGUUUUCUGUCGCGUGACAUUAUAUCCUAUAAGUUGUUUUUUUUUUUGUUUUUUUUUUAAAUGCCGCUUUGUCACCGUGGUGCCUUCUAUAAGCUUGCUUUUAAAAAUAAGGAGCAUGAUACUCACCGUGCACAAUUUAAUUCAGUAACAUUUUGUAUUAUCUGUAAGUGUGCCAUACGGAUGUCGGGCUGGGCAUACUAGAGUUUUGUGGGCAUGUGAUCUGGCUGUUAUUCUAACUCCCAUACAUGUUGCAGCUGUCUGACUGUAACACAACACCUUAACCGGCCUGAGAUUACAGCCUGAACAACAGUUCACAAAGAGCCUGUCUGGUCAGCUCAAAUCAAUGUUAUUUAAGACUUAAGACACCUAGACUGACAACUGAUCCACAUUCUAACCCCAGAGGAGCUGCAUCUCACUUUGAUAAAUUUGCUGCUAACAAUAACACAAUACGGAUGUUUGGUCCUUCUGAUGAAAUGAACAUGUGUUCAUCGUGAGCUGAUGGAAAAAGAAAAGGAAAACAUUUUUUUUAAUUUAUUUUUUUUUACAUGAAACACAUCUCAACCAGAUGAACCAUUUUUGCAACUUUUGUUUUCUGCUUUCUGUCCUUUCUCUCAUCUUGUUUUACAUGCUGGUGUUCUCGUGGCACAUUCAGUUUUUGCUGUAGUUGGCAAGUCUCUAAAUAGCAAGUGUCUACAUAUGUUUCUCUUUUAUACUUGCAGUAAACAUUCCUAUGUCUGACUUAGUGAUCUGAACAAUUAACAAUACUAGUUUUGUUCUGUUGAAAAUGUCAAGUGGCUUGGUAUCCUAUUUGCCAAUAGAUAUAUAGUUAUAAUCCAUUAAAUAUUCACAUCAGUGUUUACAAAUACUUGCUUUCUCGUUUUUUUUAUUUUCUCCUGCUUCCUUUAUUUAUCCAAGGAAUUUAAAUUACAUAAAGGUGUAUGCAAGGCAUGGUGGGAAAUAUAAUUUAUUAUGAUUGUUUUUUUGUUUUGUUUUUACAUUUUAUUUAUUACAAGAGUACGCAUGUUAACACCUUUUAACCAAAUCGGCAGGUGAUAAAUGUUUCCCUAGCACAAGACAGAGUUCUUUAUCAAUUCAGAAAGGCGAAUAACGGAGUUGAUUUUGACAGGAAUAAAUCAUGAACCAACUGCAUUAUUACAUAUCUUUUUAGAGAUGUGUUUUUCUCCCAAAGUGUCUGCCUACACUGUGGCAUCAGGGGGAGAGGUUAGAUAUAUUUACUUUUUGCUCCUAGACUCAAUCAUCUUCUGCGUUCCUCUGAUGUUCAGCUCCACCUAGUUUCAUGUGCCAGGAGAUGCUGUCACUAUUGUGCUCUAACUCCUGCUCCAGAAGAGUACAGAGUGGAGGCCUAUGGACGGUUCAGCAGGGCUGCAGAUCCUCCAUGGAUGACUUGCACUUGUGUAAUGAGAUGCCAUAGACAUCUUUGCACACUGCAUGAAAUGCCUAUUCCCUUCAGCUGCUAGCUCAAAAAGUUGAUAGGAAAUGACAGGUGGUGACAGCAGAAUUUCUGUACAUGGCCUCAUUUUGACAUAAAGUGGGUCGAAGAUCAAACAAUGUAGUCCCUACUUACAUAGAAUUCCAUGUGAGACACUCACACUGUUGGUGACAUCAUUUACGCUUUUAGUAAACAUGGAUCCUCUUUAAUUUAUAUUUUUUAAACCCAGGGGAGAAAAUGUUUUCUGGUUACUGCCAUGUGAGUCUUUAUUGUGUUUAUAGUAACUAGUUAAGCAUCAUGCUUAUUCUCCAAGGAAAAGAGCUUGCAAUUUUAAAAUUAAAUUCUUUGUGAGGCACUGAGGAUAUAAAUGGUUUCCAAACAGACCGAUUUAGUUUGUUGAGAGCAACUCAUUAAGAUUUAUUUAUUUAUUUAACAGUUCUUACAUGGCACUCCUAAUCAGAGAUCUUUCAAAUUAUAUAAUGAGUCAAAAUAACAUUCUGAUUCAGUCCAAUAGGUAGUCUAAUAGGAUAAAUUAUAUUAGACUAAAGAACAAAGAUAAAGUCUAAUACGGAUCAGAAUAAAGUGUGCUGUAAAAUAACAUACCUCAAGUUGUAUGCAAACUGUUUUUUUUUGUUGUUGUUUUUUUUUAGGAACAACAAUUGUUUAUCAUUUUUAACAAAAUAAGUCUUCAACGGUAUGGAUAUCACAUUCAGCUCACUUAUAUAGAAAAUCAAAUAUAUCACUGUGCUAGAGAUGGUCAUGUUUAUCCUAAACACUGCAGCUUGAUCAUUUCAAGGUCUUCAAUGCUUGAGUUGAUGACAUCUUCUUGAUUUCACACUACCUAUCACCCUGUCAUAAGAAUUCUCACACGAGAUUUGGUGUUCCAUUGUGAACUUGAAAUCUACACAAUAACAGAUCAUUACUGAAUACAUAUUAUCCUCAAAUAAAACGCCUGUAUUUAAUGGUACCUUUUUUGUUUGACUGACAAUAUUUAAAAGACAAGCUUUCAAGAGUUUUCCUCUCUUCCUCGGGUUUGAAAAAAUUAAUUGCUUCAGAACUGAGGAAGAGCGGAAACUUUUUAAAAACUUGUCUUUUAAAUAUGAUGUUAGUCUAAUAAAAAAGGUGGUAUUGCAAAUGACUAUACUUUGGGGGGAGAAGGUUCCCCCCCCCCCCCUUUUUUUUUUCCAUCUAGUCUACUGUACUAAUAGCGAAUCCAAUCUGCAUCCAAUUAAAGAAAAAUAGGGAGCACUAUUUUUGGAUAAUCUCCUAUGUGGUAUCCAUCAUAUAGGUUGAACUCUUGACACCAAUAAGUCAAGAAAAUAUUUGAAAGACCAAAGAGAUACCAGACAUUUAAAAAGCAUUCAAAGAUAUAUCUACAGAGCGUGUAAUGCCCCCGUAAAUGUGAGUUAAAAGACACAUGCUAUGUUAGUAUGCUUGUAUACUAUAUCUAUCAAUAUUUCUCUAUUAUAUUUAUAUUUUUAUUUGAAACUGCUGGCAAAAAAAAUCUAGUAUAAAUUUCCGCUCCAAUUUCCAAAAUACUUUAUGCCAGCAUGGAACAGCUUCCUCAUUUAGCUUCACAUUUUUAUGCGACCUUUGUUCCAAUAAUUGCAUUGACAAUUCUAUGUUUUUUGUUUGUUUUGUUUUUCUGUUUUAUAUUGUGCACAAAGAGGACUUGCUCAUUU